GUUGGGAGGCGGGCCGUGCCCGGCGGGGCCCGCUGCCCAAUCAGGAGCAUUGUUUGUGGUGGGUGCCGGCUCCGGCGGCGGCUGCUGGUGGUGGUGUCGGUGGCGCCGCGUCUGCUGUCCGCCGCCAGCCCACCCCUUCCCCUCCCGGCUCCCCGCGCCGCCCUCCGCUCGGCCUGAGGGGCCUCGAACUCCACACGCGAACACCCCGUCAGGUGAGGGGGGAGAAUGAAGGGGGCGGGGCUGAGGCGGUGACUGACAGGGGCAGUGCCCUAUGGGGGUCCCCAGCGGGGGGGCCUUCAAAUGAGGGGGGGUUGUGGGCCAGAGUUUUUUGGGGGGGUCAGUUCGGAUAUUAGGGUUGAGGGGUUUUGUCUGCCGCCCUGGGGUGUGGGUGGCCACCCCCGUGGCCUUUGGGCUUGUGGGGGGGGGAUGUGGGGGUGCAAUGAGAAAGAGCUUCAAUUUUGGAGGGGGGAGGGGAGGGGUGCCAUCUUGAAUUUUGCGGCUUAAGGGUGGGUGUCUGCGUGGCGUGAUAUUGGGGGCGCCACCCACGUGACUGGUGGGGAGUCUGCCCUUUUCAAGGGGUGCCUGUAGGGCCUUCCUGGGAUUUUAGGGUUCAGAAGAAAGCAGUCUGGGUUUUCUGGGCGCGGGUGUGUGUGUGUCGCCUAUUGCCAAACAGGAGCUGCUGCACCAUCCCUUUGGGGGCUGGAGUCACUUUAUUUGUGUUGGGGGUGUCAUUUUAAAUAUUGGGGUUCAGUCUGGGGUCAGCCGUGUGGUUUGGGAGAUGCCUUUCAAACAGUCCUCCUGCUGAAAUACGAAUUGUGUGCUGGUGGGUGUUUGGAGGAGCCACCCUGGAUAUUGGGGUUCGGAAGAAGGGGUGUCUGUGGAGCUUUCCUGUUGCAGUGAGGUGAGAUGCCGUCACUGUGGCUUUUGGGCCAGGAGGUGUGUGAGCCCAAUGAGGUGUUUUUUUAAGCCGGUGCUAUCAUGGAAAUUGGGGGUCUGUCUGGCAAGGUAUAUGGGGGUGCCGUCCACGUGACUUACGAAGCUGGAGGAUGGGUGCGGAGGUGGCCUUCCUUUGAUGUGUCUGCUGUCAUGUGUCCUGGCUUUUGGGGUUCAGAACAGGGGAGUGUCUGGGGCUCUCCUACUGCAACAGGGAGGGCAAGGUGCCAUCCUAACACCCUCAGGGUUGUGGUGGGCGGGGGUGAACCUUUUUUUUUUUUUUUUUAGGGAGUGCCAUUCUUCAUAUCGGGGUUCAGGAAGAGAUUUACGGACACUCAUUUCUUGUAAGGCAUUUACAUUACAUUAAUAUCUUGUGAAUAUUAAGCUAGGUAGUGAAUAGGUCCUAAAAGAUUUGGGGAGGCGCUCCUUUUGGGGGCAGUUGUUAGGAGCUGCCCUGAAUAUUGAUGUCUGGAAAGUGGGGGGGGGGGGUCUGUGGGGCACAGCUGAUGCAAGCCAUGGAGGUACUGUACCUUUCUAGUGACAGGGGUAUGUAUGGGUCACAGGAAGGGGGUGAGUAUCCUUCCUCUGCCAUCCUGAAUAUUGGGAGUUCCAAAGCGAAAGAAAGGUGGGGUGGAUUAUGAAGGCUCGUCUGGUGUGGGGUGAAUAUGAUGCUGUGGAUCCAGUUGAGGGUUCUUUUGUGAGGUGUUCUGUCUUGAAUAUUGGGGCUCGGUAGUGGGUUAUGCCAUUCUAGUGGAUAUCCAUCUGGGGUUUUAUGUGGGUUCGAUGGAGGGUCAGGAUCUCAUUUCACAGAAGCCUGUCAUCCUCAGUCAUUGAUACAGAAGGAGAUGCCUGUGAGGGUGUAUCUGUUCUGAAAUGUGGGGGUGCUGCUGUGAGAGGGGCUUUGGCUGUGCGAGUCAAAUGUGCAGUGGAGCUGUCCCUUUUACUUUUGCGGGGGUGCUUGAGAGAUGGGGGCAUUUGGUUGAGAGUGGUGCUCUUUUUUCUGGGAUGGGAGUAAGUUUUCAACAAUAAAGUUACAGGGGACAACCUUAACGAAGGAAGCUGAAGUGGGGGGUAUUUUGGGGGUGGUACAGCAGAAACUGGGGGCGGUGAUGGAGAAUCUUUGGAAGAUCUUUUUUGGACUGAAUGGCAGAGAUUAAAUACUGAUGGGGAGAAAAAGCUGUAAAGGAGUUCCUCUUAGGGAAGGUGAGACUUCAGGGAGUUUUUCUGUGGCGUUAUUGAGGAUGGGGGAGAGAAAAUGAUAAGCCUGGCCUAGCAGAAAGGCCCUGAAGGGUAUCUCCUGCUAAGGGGUGACAGCACCGGCAGGGACAGAAGAUAAAAUGGGGGUGUACCCCAGGCCUUAACUGCUAGUUUUCCUGAUGGGAGCGGAUUGAGGUUUCCAGGUGAGUAUUAAAUUGGCAUGUCUCGGAUCAGUAGACAAUGCAAGGAUUGCAAGGAGCUUGUUUUAAUGAUGAAUUAAACGUGGCACCGAGUCAAGAGGGUGGCAGUGUCUGUGUGUGGAGUUGGGGUACCUGCUUUAUAAAUUGCAGCCAUCCUCUCAGGAGAAGAUGUGGGGCUUGUCUGUUGCUCCUUUCCACCUUUGGAGUAGGAUGCUUGAAACCCUGAACCCUGCUUUAGAUUUGCUGCCGGGGGGGGCGGCGAGCCAAAGAAAGCAAAUCCACUCUCGUGCCCCCCUUCACUCCUUUUUCACCUCCAGGCAGGCAGGGGCACGUGGAGAAAGACAAGCCUCUCCCCAAGAGUGUGUGGUGGGGGGAGUUUGUCAUCUGUCUAGUCAUCACAUAAUCCUGGCGAAGGGUUUGAAGUGGGGCUGGGGCAGGAUCAUUUUUUUUUAAAAAAACCCCAACAACAACAACCUCGGGUUGUCUUCCCUCCCAAAUCUGGACUGCGUGAGUAUCUUAGCCCCCCACCCCACCCUGCCACCGGUUUCUCAUAGAUUUAAGAAUUGGGAGGGGGGAAGCAUGGGCACCCCCUUAUGCCUUUUCUUCACAGAGCCUAGAGUGAAUCUGCUUUCUCCACCCACUUAGCCUCUGCUGGUGCCACCACUGCCUCCCCUGUGGGUGGUAAGAGCAGGCUACUUGCAUCCUUCACAUUAAAAUAAUAAUAAGGAUGAUGGGGAGGGGGCGACUUCUCUCUCUCUCUCUCACCCUGGACGCAUCCUUCCUAGCCAGUGGGGCAGAGGUAUGCCCUAAGGAUGUUUCCUAACUGGAGAGGCACAUGCCGGCACUGUCUGAAGAGCCCUGUGGGGACAGCGGGUGAUGCGUAGGACUCCUUCUCCCCCCCCCCUCUCCUCGGAGAGGACAUUUUAUUUGGGAGUGUGCUGCUUUCUUGUUCUUCUGCCAGAGUGGAGGGUUAAUGCUUCGGAAGCUUUGACCGGAGAUGGUGGAAUCGACUGUGGGGGCGGGGUGGAGGAGGCGGCGUCUGGACGGAGAUGCUGCCUUAUUGAUCGCCUCCACCUGACGGUCAUCGCCAGUUUGGGGGGGGGACACAAUUCCACUUUCUCCCCCAUCCCGCCCAGCUGGGCUAAGGGGAAGGUUUUGUCAGCACAGAAAGUGGGUGGGGAAGGGGUCCAGCCCCUCAUCUGGGAUUGCAGGAGGGAGGGGAGGACGCAUGGUCGUAACAAGCAACCACUUAGCGAGGACAAUGGUUAUUAAGCAUCAUGCGCAGCUGAUUGGAGGAAACCGAGUCUAAUUUUUUGUGCGUUUUGGGGUGGGGUGGGGGCACUGCUUGCAGCUCCGACUUUCUCGGUGUGCCAAGUGGUGGGUGGGGAGGGCUCCCCUCCUUUGGAGAUUUGGAAAUAAAACCCUCCCAGCUUCGAUCCUCAAGGCAGAUGGGUUUCAAACUGCCUGAGGAAGAAGCCGCUUUGCUGGAUAUUGGCGCCUUUUUUACUGGAAUGCCAGAGCCCCACCCUAGCCCAGGGCCACAGUGAGGUGUGUGUGUGUACACCAAAUUACUGUGUUGGGCACAUCGGUAGGUUCCUGAGCUGGGAGGUUUUUUGGUUUGGCGCUCCCUGGCCCGGAGCCCUUGCGGGACGCCUCCUGAUGGAGCCGAUGGGAGGAAGGGAAGUUGAACAUUGUCUGUAUAAACUGGAAAAACCAAUAAAAAAGUUCUAUAUUAAAAAACAAACGCAUACACAGUCUGGGCCAUUGUGCAAAGCUCUUUAGUUUGCUGUGGCAACAACCUGGUUUUGGAAGAUCUCUGGGCAUGGCUGCUAAGCCCUCAUUGUCAUGCCUUGAUGCGGUAGAAAUCUUAUACCUAGUUCUUCGCUUCUGUCAGAUUUGCGCCCGCAAGUUCAGAAUUCCUUUCUCCCCCCCCAUGUGGGUUGCUUAGGGCUGGGCUUUGGAACACCUGAUUUGUAGGGCUACUGCCAUGAAGAGAACAGGAUGUAGCCCAGUGUGAUACAGGGUACCUGUUUUGCAUGCAGAAGGUCCCAGGAUACGUCUCUGAAUAGGUCUGUGAAAGAUCUGUGUCUAAGGCCCUGAUGUGUAGCUAACAUAAUAGUGUUAUUCAGAAGUUGUUGGACUCCUUGGUCCCAGCAGCCUUGGCUGGGAUGGCCAGUAGUCAGGCUGCUAAGAGCUGCGGUCCAGUAACGGUAAGGCAUCAUGUUGGUUCCCCCUGGUAUAGAAAUUGAGUUUAAAAGAGGAUUAGACACAUUCACAGAGGAUAAGCCUAUCAAUGGCUACCAUCCACAAUGACUAUGUCCCACCUCCCUUCUUUGGCCAGUAUACUUUUGAACACCACUUGCUAGAAGCCAUAGGAGGGAAGGGUGCUAUUGCACUUAGUUCCUGCUUUUUCAGGCUUCUCCUUAGGACAUCUGGAUCUGUUUGGCCACUGUGGGAACAGGAUGCUAGACUAGAUGGGCCUGAUCCAAUAGGGCUCUUCUUAGGUUAUUGAUACUGUGCUAGAUGGACUGAUUCCCUGUGAGGCAACUUCUGUGUUCCUAAUUUAGGUGAACACCUAGAUUUUAAAACUACGUCUCUCCCGCAUCCGCCACUUCCCGCCAACCAGUCAAGACUGGGAUUGGUCUGAUGCCAGUGGGCUGGGCCCUUGCUGAUCUUUGUUGGUGAUUUGUUGCACACAGUUGGCUGGGUCCAGCUCAGGGGUAGGCAGCCUAAGGCCUGUGGGCCGGAUGUGGCCCAAUCGCCUUCUAAAUCCAGAAUGCAGACGGUCCAGGAAUCAGCGUGUUUUUACAUGAGUAGAAUGUGUCCUUUUAUUUAAAAUGCACCUCUGGGUUAUUUAUGGGGCAUAGGAAUUCAUUCACCCCCCCCACCCCCAAAAAAAUAUAAUCCAGCCCACCACAUGCUCUGAGGGACGGUGGGCCGGCCCACGGCUGAAAAAGGUUGCUGACCCCUGGUCCAGCUGAACAAUCUGUGAUUGGACCCCAUGUUGAUUUUACUUUUGCUGUUAAAGCAGUUGGAGGGGGUAGGUGGGUGGGCUCCAACCUGAUUGGACCAGUGGUGCUGGGGAGCAUUUAAGCCUUCUCCUUUAAGCCCUGCCAUGCUUUGAUUCUCCUCCCAAGAUGCUGUCAGUCCCCGGGGACACAAUAAGGGUUUCUGGCCCUGAUCCUCUGUUCAUCAUCCCAAAAUGAUUUGAGAGGAGGAGACCCUGUCUUAAUACAAAGUCAGACCCAUCAGUGUUGUCUACUCCAGGGGUGGGGAACCUGUGCUUCCCACCCCCCAUUUGCUGCUAGACUACCAACUCGCAUGAGUCCCAGGCAGCACAUUGCCUCACCCAUAGUUUCCCAAACUUCUGAGUUCAUUGAACCCCUUCAAUGAGUCAUCAUUGAGCCCGAACCCAAAUUCUUAAGGAUGUGCAUGAAAUAAAGCCAAGAAAUAACAAUAUACAAUCAACAUUUAUUAAUCGUUGGUCACCAUUACUGGGAAUCAUAACACAUUAAAAAAGAAAUAUCUUAUUAAAUUCAAAGCUUCCUUGUUGGCAAGGGAAGUGCGCUCUGUGCAUGCUCAUGACCUUUGUUCUGAGGCUAUUUUUGCGCAAUAUAUCAUUAACUUCUUUCCCACUUCUAAGCUGUUUUCAGGCUCUUAAGUUUUUUUAUUCCCCCACCUCACAAUCCCAUCAACCCCAGGGGGUCAGUAUUGACCUCUUUGAGAAACCCUGGCCUGGCCAAUGGUCAGGGGUUAUAGAGUUCCAAGGGAAGCACAACAUAAGAAGUCAGGCCAUUGGUCCAUCUAGCUUAGCAUUGCCUGCACUGACUGGCAGCAACCCCAGGAUUUCAAACUGGGGUCUCUCCCAUCCCUACAUGGAGAUACCAGAGAUUGAAUCUGUGACCUUCAGCAUACAGUGCAGUUUCUCUGCCAUUCCCCAAAGAUUUCCUGUUCUACUCACACACAAUUUAUGCAGUGCAUCCACAAAAUUGGGGUGCUGUUCUCAGUGCCAAUGCCUCUAGAUGCUAUGAGGAUUAACCACAGAGAAGUGCUUUGCUGGUGGAUUGGGAAGGCCCAGAAAGCAAUAGAAAUUUCUGACAGUGGGUCUCUUUUGCCCCCAGAAAUUGUUGAGGAGGGCGAACUUUUGAGAAAAGUUUUUGACAAAGCUAUGAAUGGCUUUUCCUCUGAAUGCCUGAAUACCCCUUCUUCCCAUUCUGCAGUGUGGAGAUGCAGUCAGAUACUUAAAUGUUCCCACAAGCUGCCUUUCCUGUUUCCAUAGAAUAUGAUGCAAUUCCAAGCUCCUCAAAACAUUUGUAGAGCUCAGCUUGCUAGGCAGUAGAAAAGGGGGGGUUACCUGACUGGUUUUCAAUAGGGUGGGGGCACCCAUAUUUAGCCUGCAGGUGCCAGAGCAUCAGCAAAGGGUGAUCAAAGUCAAACCUACCACAUGGGCAUGGUGACAAUAAAAUGGAUGGGGAGAAUCAUGUCCUACCCCUCAAAUUCCAUUGGAGGAAGUGCAUAAUUUUUUUGUUUCAUUUUUAAACUCCAUUUAAAUUCCAUUCAUUUCAGAGGCCAUUAAAUACCCGGACAAAAAGAACAGCUUUGUCCAGAUGGCUAACUGCUAGCAAAGUAGACAUCUGAUCAGUAGAUAUGCAGAAAGUCCUUGUAGUGAGCACAGUCCAUUAAGAGCACCCCAUCAAUUUGUUCCCUAUAAAAGGACUCUCUUAAAUUUGCUUUUUCCACCAUCUGUUGUUCUAUUCCCUUUCUUUCUGCCUUAGGUGGGGGUUGUUCUUAACCUCCUUGCUCAUAACAUAGGCACCCUGGUUCUAACAGCAGAGAGCGUCACAGCACUUUCACUGGGGUCUCCAUCCUUCUUAAGCCCAUGGGUAUGUCUUGGAUGUUUUAAGUGAGUGCCAUGGGUGCCACACAAAACCUGUUCCCUUCUCUCCCGCUUCCCAAGGAUAGUGCCCCCCACUUCCAAGAGAUAGAAAAUGCACAUACCCUCCCUUCACUUCCCCAAGAGAUCUGAGUAAAAGUCAGAUCCGAUAGAAUUAACCCAAACCUUGAAAAGCACGCAGAGCUGAAAGAGGAAGUGGGGAAGGACGUCACUCAUCCAGCUUCCUCUUUCAGCUGUGUACUUUUUAAGGGAGAUGAUGGGAACCACCCACACUACCUGAUGACCUAGGGGACAGUGAUUAGUGGGGGGAGGCUCAGAGGGUUUGCCAGCACAAUGGGAGGGCCUCAAGGCCACCAUUGCACCCAUGGGCACCACGCUGACAACCCCCUAAGACACUGUGGACCACAAAGCUAUAAUAAUGAAACUAUUUCAGGCUUUAUUCCAAAUGUAGGGACACAGGCAAGAGUUAUACCAAAGGCUCGGGAAAAGCUUCUAGCUAUCAAGUCUUAAAAAACAUGGAAGCUGUUGUGUGACCCUCUUUCCAUGUCCCAAAAGGUGGGUGGGAAAUUGAACUGCCUGCUGUUCCUGAUGGGGUGGAGAGGACCUCCUGCAUGAAAAUGCCUAGUCUAGUGGGGCUUCCCAAAGCUUUAUGAUGGCCAUCAAAGACAUGGGGGUCCUCUGCUUCAGCCCAUUGUGGCCAGCAUUGAUGGCUCAUAUUACCACCAACCACCUGCAGGUAGCCUGUAGUGCGUGGAAUUGAUCAAGGGGCAGGUGCAUUAUUAUUUAUAUCCCGUCUUUCCUCCAAGGAGGUCAAGGUGGCAUGCAUUGUCCUUCCGUUUCAUCCUCCACAACCCUGUGAGGUUGCUUAGGCUGAGAGGCGGUGACUGGCCAAAGGGCGUGCCCACUGAGGACCUCAUGGCUGAAUAUGGAUUUGAACCCUGGUCUGCCUAGUCUGACACCCUAACCACUCAGGAAUUUGGGGAUCUCGCCCCUGCCCCCAGCCCCUUUACAAAGAGCAUAGUACCAACAUCAGGAUCAAAAGCACCUCCUCCAAGGGUGGGGUCAAAGGGGAAGAGGAACAUGUUGAUCUUGUCGAAGCGAAUGGAAGGCAGAUACUUCUGUCUCUUUUUAGCUGAGGAUGACGAGCUGUGCCUGGGCAGAACAAGGGAGCUCCAGUGAAGGUGUCUGGAGAGAGCAAAGGGGAGGAAAAGUGCAGAAUGACCCUUUUAACUGCACCAUCCCUCAUUUUACUGAGGAGGGGUCUCAUAGCGAUGGCAGCUGUGCCUCCAUGUGAAAAUACCACAGCAUGUACACCUUAUUUAAAAAGAACGGGCACGCCUUUAAAAUGCUAGAUAUUUUUUAGGAUAUUAAGACAGAAAUGUGCCUCCAGUUAACUAUCAGUAGUUUGAGAAGCAGUGUUGGGCUUUUGACUUAGGAGAUGGGCCCCCACCUUUAAACCACACUUCUUCCCAAGGUCCCAUGUCCAUUUCUCCUUCUUUUAGUCAAGUGGGGGAAUUCAGGCCCUGGAGCCAAUUGCAGCCCAGCCCAACUUCACUGCCUGGACCUUGGGACUCUCCUCAGGUUGCACACUCCCGACUCCUCCCCUCCUGCCCCCGAGUGUUUUUGUCUCACUGGAAUGUGCCCUUGAACUCUGAUAAUGCUUCUUGCUUGCCUGCAUAGAGGAUUAGAGAGGGGUAUGUUUGUAGAAACAAGCCAACUGUAAGAAGGUAAAAUUUAAAUUUAUUGCUCCUCCCACUUUUGCCUCUGGCGCUGCCCACCACUGGAGCUCAGCCUGAAAAGGGUUUCCCCCACCCCUGGGCUAAGUUUUGGGAAAUCUCAGGUACCCAGUUAACUAGGGUCCCCCCCCCCCGAUCCUACCUUUCUAGCAAACUUGGGGUUAUUUUUCUCCUAGCUUCAUUUGGAGCCAGCUUCUAAAAAUUUCCUACUGACGGCUUUAAAAAUUUGAAGUUGUUUCCCGGCCCUUGCUCUUUGUCCUUGCCAAUAAAAUACUAACUUUGCUCUUUUGGUAACAAGGCACAUUCUGUGAAGUCGGUAGACAUUUGCCAGAUUUGGAAAGCAUUCAGAGUGUGGAACUGGGUGGUGCGUGUCUGUUUGUUUUAGGCCGGGAUACUGUCCCGUUGGAGUUAAAGCUUUAGGCCAGUGUUUCCCAAAUGUCUUAACCAGCCUAACUUUUUAAAGAAAUAGUUGUCAAACAGUAGCCUUCCAUUAACAUGGGUGUAGGGAACCUUUGACCCUCCAGAUGUUGCUGAACUACAGCUCCCAUCAGACCCAGCAAUGGCAUGGGGUGAUGGGAGUUGUAGUUCUCCAGCAUCCGGAGGGCCAAAGUUUCACCACACUUUUAAGUUCUGUUGCGUCAAAAAUGGUGUAUGUUUGUUCACUGUUAGCACCAGUGGCAGUGAGGCUGCAUAGGAUACAUACAUCUAUGAGUCUGGACUGUUGAUGACUUGACAAAACUAAACCAGUUCCCCACCACACCAAAAAAUGUGUGCUAGAAAGAAGAAUUGAAGCAUGUUCAACCUCCUCUGUCAGAGUCAUUACGUGCCUCUGAAUGCCAGGUCCUGGGAAUCGCAAGUGGGGAGAGUUGCUGUUGCACUCUGAUCCCGCAUGCAAGCUUCCCAUCGGGGCAUUUUGUUGGCCAUUGUGGGAACAGGAUCCAGCAGGGCUCUUCUUACUGUAUGUUCUUAACUUCAUUCUUACUAAAUCUUACAAUUUUAUGUGCAGAAUGUUGGGGAGCAGGGCUUUGAUGUACAUUUAGCCAUGCAGACAUUCCCCACUGUUCCAGUUCUGAAGUGGCAUAGUCAAAACACAGGUAUUUAUCACCCCACUGAGAACUAAGAUCCUGAGUGGAACAAUGUAGAGCUACCUUUGGUUAACAGCUAAUUAGACCAAAGGCGGCCACAGGGUAAUCUCCGCUACCGCCUCCCCCCAAAAAAUGAUUUGAAAGAAGCAGUCUGUUAUAGCCAAUAGAAUAUUGUGCUGCUUCAGAAGGUGGUAGGCACUCAGACUACAAAGAUUGUCAGGAGAGUUGCCAUUGCAACCUACGAGGAUCCUGUUUUGAGCAGGGAAUCAGACUAGAUGAGCUCUUACGCUCCUUCUAGUCUUCUGGCAUGCUUUUAGUUUUUACAAAGUUACAACCCAUCCUGGGACAUUAUGGUGAAGGGCAGUGAAGAAAUCUGAUAAAUAGUAAUACUAGUAGCCCCCGAACCCAGGGCAGCAACUCAUACAGAGCAGUGAUGGGAAAACCUCCUCUGUGGGUGAGGUUCCUUGAGUUUUUCUCUCUCUCCCCGCACCGUAAUUUGACUUAUUUCUCUUGAUUGGUCAUUGAUCCCACUGCACACUUUUGAAAUUUACUACAGCAGAGCAAGUUCACAUGGCAACUCCUGUCCCCCCCCCCCAAAAAAGAGACCCUCCCAGCUGUUUCUCCACUUGCUUCCUUUCCUGCUCCUUUGUUAGGCUCAUUUAUGUCACUUGGUGGCACCCAUCAACCAGCCACUCCGGGCGGCUCAGCCUGCAGAGUCUCAGUUGGCGGUAUUGAAUCCUGCUUCCGAGAGGAGCGCGGACGACAUUAAGUGAGAUGGAUAACUGGGAACUGUUCGGGAGACAAGAUUUUUACUGCUGACUAGGUCUCUCUCCCUCUCCCUCUCUCUCGCUUUGAACAGUUUGCUUGUUGGGGUUUCCAUCCUCUCUUCCCUCCCCCACCCCUUACAGCCUCAGUCUUGUUUGUAUGAGGAACAAGAUAAUUCACUUUAAUGAAUUAUAAAACUUGUUUCACUGCAGUGGGUCUUCGUUUUUCCCCACCCACCCUCUUCUCGCUGCCACAGAUUUACUGUUUGGGAGUGGAACAGUAUUAAGUCAGAUCUCAUUCCACUUGUUUCUAAAGGCCACAAUUCCCUGGCUGGUAUGUGCAGUGGGAGCUCCUGUGAGAUAUUUCACUUGGAUGAAGGGAUGCUUGCUAGGGGAGAAGGUUUGGGUGUGAAAGAGAGUUUGUCGGCCCUUAGCAAGGGCCACCAGAACCUGGAGGGUUGGCGGGUUGGCGGGGGGGGGGGGGGGGUCAGAAGGAGGUACAUGGUCCUCAUCCAAGCAGGUCUCAAGCUCUAGAGAAGGAAUGGGGAACAUUUUCCAGCUCGGGGCCCGCAUUCCCUUCUUGGCAAGAUAUUGAGGGCCACUUUCUAGUGGUGGGCAGGACCAGAGGCAAACAUGGGCAAAACAGGGAAUGAAAAUUUUCCUUUUGUGUAGUAGACUACUACACACACACUUCAUUCAUACAACUACAGUGGUACCUUGGGUUAAGUACUUAAUUCGUUCCGGAGGUCCGUUCUUAACCUGAAACUGUUCUUAACCUGAAGCACCACUUUAGCUAAUGGGGCCUCCUGCUGCCACCGCACCGCUGGAGCACAAUUUCUGUUCUCAUCCUGAAGCAAAGUUCUUAACCUGAGGUUCUAUUUCUGGGUUAGCGGAGUCUGUAACCUGAAGCGUAUGUAACCUGAAGCGUAUGUAACCCAAGGUACCACUGUACUGUUAUCAGAAUUCAAGGACAGAGGGUAGAACCUAGCAGAGUCCCAAGAGCCAAGACAGAGAGGCUUGGAGGGUCGUAUUUGGCCCCUGGGCCUCAGGUUCCCCACCUUAGAUGUCACUAAAGCUGUUGUGGCUGUUUCAACAGAUGUCCUUCCAAGGUUACAUAGUGAAACUAGCUGCCACCCCAUUUGCUGCCUAGCAACCCAAAGCCAGGUAAUCCCAGAUCUUACAGUCCUUGGGAUAUCUCAUAUCGGCACUGGGACAGCCUGAGAACGAUGACGCAUGUCCUUUCCCUAGGUCUUAGUUACUGGUGGAUAUUACUUGAAUAUUUGAUAAUAUCCGAGCAGCCCAUUUUUUUUGCAGGGGCGGGAUUGGUAAAAUGCCAAUCCACUCUGGGACUGGGCAGCCAUAAGAUUGCCCAGUCUCCUAACCCAAAGGCUUUGUGAGCAACUUCCCUUCUCGGACAUAAAAUCCCUUCCCCCUUGCAUUUUUAAGAGCUAACUGUGGUUAGCGUUAACAUGUGCACCAAUCUCAACACCAACCAUGGCCAGUUGCAAAUUUAAAGAUGGAACCAGGUUUGCAAACUCUUGGUUUGAACUUAACCACAGCUAAGACGAAUUGUGCCUAUGGAAUGCCAACCAUGGCUAGCUCUGAAUAGGGUAGUUGUUUUACACAUGAGAGAAGAAGGGGCAUUAAAAAGAGUGUGUGAGCCCAAGGGAUGCUGCUUAUAUUCCCUAAGUACAGUUGGGUCAGCCUUGCAUUAAGCACAUACCUGUUAGCCAGGGGCAACAAGGAAUUGUAUGCAGGCAAGCGAGUCAGCUGGUGGAAGAUGACUCUGGUGCUCUGCCCCUCCUCUGCACCUAGCAUAGAAACCAAGGCCACAUCCGCGCCAAACAUUUAAAGCACUGUGAUGCCACUUUAAACAUUCGUGGCGUCCCCCAAAGAAUUCUGGGAGCUGUAGUUUGUUAAGGGUGCCAAGAGUUGUUCGGAAACCUCUAUUUCUCUCGUAGAGUUACAAUUCCCAGAGUUCCCUGGGGGGGAAAGGGAAAUGCAGCUCUGGGAAGGGGACUCCUAACAACUCUCAGAACACGUAACAAACAACAGCUCCCAGAAUCCUUUUGGGGGAAGCUGUGACUGUUUAAAGUGGUAUCAUACUACUUCAAAUGUAUGGCACAGAUGCGGCCUUAAGUCACGUCCAUUGGUGUCAAUGGAUAUACUCUGUGCAUGACUUAGUUGGAGACAACCCAAGAAUUUUCAGCUCGGUUCCACUAGAGUGCAGGAAAGGCACAGAAUAUCAGCUUUUAAUUUCAAUUUUUUAUAGCUCUUGUGGGCUUAUUUACAAGGCUGGGUUAGGGGACCAGACUGUGUCGUCUACGCUCGGCCUUGGCGGUUCCAAAAGCCCUCUUUAAAAGUUUCCUGUUUUCAUCCCUCAAAACUUGGCUUCUCUUCUUGAAGUUGUACACAGAGUUGCAGUGCUUUGAUUCUGGCAAAUCUGGAGGCCGCCUGUAUGGAGAUGCUGUUCAGUUACAUUCUUCAGACCAUCUUAAAUUGUCUCAAGAAGUGGUGCAGGUAAAAAUGGCUACUACAUCUGUUUGCUUUAAAAAAAAAAAAAAAAGAUAAUUGGGAAGCUUCUGCCGUUUUGUUUUGUUUUUUGUUUUUUUUUUUUGCCACAAGCAAACUCCUCGCCCGCAUUCGGAAUGAGGGCGGCUAUAGCGCGCUUCCCAAUUUUUCCUCCUUUUUGGAAGAAGAAAAUCCAUCUGUUCCGGAUGCUGGCACUCAAAAUGGUUGCCUGGAAAUGGGCUCCCCCCUCCCCCCCCCUCACUGAACAAGACCGAAUCGAUUACGUAUCUCUCUUCCGCCACACACACACACACCCCUUUUCACCUCUCUCCCUGAGUCAUUCUCUAACUCAGGCAAGUCUCCCAUCCUAAUUCAAUCAGGGGCGGAGUGUGUGGGGGAGCAGACUUCACAGCGGUAAAAUACUUGAGGGCCUUCUUUUUUCAAUAGCUUAUUGUUCAGGUUUUCUCGACCAUUAUGGGGAAACAAACAGCCACAAGGGGGGCGGGAAUCUGGGCAUUCAAAUGGGUUCUACCCAAGAGAGGUGGGAGAGAAUACCUCACAUUCCUAUGCUUCAGAAUCAAAUUCUGAAGGCACCUGGGUUUGGGGCUCUUUUCUCUCCCCCCCUCCCUUUCUUUCUUUCAGCCCAGGUGUCUGGUAUACUUACCAGUUUGGCAGUAUGGUUGGGUGGCAGAGCUCCACCAGUGCACAGAAAAGUCACAGAAUGCCAGUUCUCCAGUUUUAUUUUGAUUUUUAAAAAGGGUUUCUAGGCCUUAUGGCUGCAGAGGUAGAUUUGAUUGUUUGUGAGCAACACCAGCAGAAGCCUCAGGCUCCCACUAUUCCAAAGGUGCCUGAAUAAAGGUUGUAUCCAACUAAGUCUUACUCAGACCCAUGGAUAUCAAUUGACUUAAACAGGGCACAUUCACACCGCUGUAACAGCACUUUAAACAGUCCCCGAAGAAUCCUGGGAACUGUAGUUUGUUAAGGGUGCUGAGAGUUCUUAGGAGACACCCCCCAUUUCCCUCAUAGAGCUACAAUUCCCAGAAUGCACUGUGAAGAGUGAUUGAUUGUUAAACCACUCUGGGAAUUGUAGUUCUGGGAGCGCAAAAAGGGUCUCCAAACAACUCUUGUUACCCAUAACAAACUACAGCUCCCAGGAUUCUUUGGGGUAAGUCAUGACUGUUUAAAACGACUUCAUAGGUCUUGACAUAUACAGUGGUACCUCGGGUUAAGUACUUAAUUCGUUCCGGAGGUGCGUUCUUAACCUGAAACUGUUCUUAACCUGAAGCACCACUUUAGCUAAUGGGGCCUCCUGCUGCUGCCGCGCCGCCGGAGCAAGAUUUCUGUUCUCAUCGUGAAGCAAAGUUUUUAACCCGAGGUACUAUUUCUGGGUUAGCGGAGUCUGUAACCUGAAGCGUAUGUAACCUGAAGCAUAUGUAACCCAAGGUACCACUGUAUAUCUAUCAAUCAAUCUCCUUUACAGUGGAACCGUGGGUUACAGCGGGGAUCCGUUCCAGAGGCCACAACGCAACUGAAAGUGCUGAGUCUGCGUGUGCACGAUUUAGCGCUUCUGCGCAUGCGCAGAUACGAUUUAGCGCUUAUGUGCAGGCACGAACAGCGUGAACCUGGAAGUAGCCCAUUCUGGUACUUCCAGGUUUGCACCGGUCUCAAGCUGAGGGUGACAUAACCCGAGGCUUCACUGUAUUGGCAUAGAAAAAGUGCAUCAUAUACAUGGAUCUUGACAUAUACAGGAUGUGAAUGUGGCCUUUGUCAAGUCCGUUGAUACCAAUGAUUCUACUCUGUAUCAGAUGUAGUUGGAGACAACCUGAGGAUUUUUUGCUCAGUUCUACCAGAGUGCAGGAAAGUCAUAGAAUAUCAUAUUUUAAUUUCAUUUUAAAAAGUUUCUAAACCUCAGGCCUUCAAAUACAGGAUUGGACGUGUGUGUGAAAUGCCUGCCUAAACCUCAGGCUUCCCCAAAGAGUGGAUGCAUAAGAUUUUCCAGCUAUCAGCAGAGUAAAAAAAAAAAGUAAAGGUGAAGGACCCCUGACAGUUAAGUCGAGUCACAGACGACUCUGGGGUUGCGGCUCUCAUCUCGCUUUACAGGCCAAGGGAGCCGGCGUUUAUCUGCAGAGUACCUCUUACGAAUGUUUUAAUAACUCCCCUCCCCCAAUAUCUAACAGUAGCAGCGCUAAUUAUAUGCAAGCAAGCAUGGAAACAGACAUCAUUUUAUGCAGGUUGCAGAAUUAAGGCUUCCUGAGCACAGAAUUUGGAUUGGCUCGGGUAAGGAUUUUGGUUUGUGUUUGCAUACAGGCAUGCAUAACUUCAGCACAAAGUACAGUAUCUGCAACCUGUUCUUAGUGCAGAGAGACUCUUUCAGGGAAUGUAAUUAUGUAAAGUGCGCUACAACGGGAAGGUGCCCAUUAAGAACACAAGAGCCCUCCUGUAUCAGAACCAGUAGCCGUUCUAGCCCAGAAUCUGGCCUCCCAUAGUGGGCAGCCAGAUGCUGCUGAAAGCAGAGCAAUGAAGAUGAUAGCUGGCUCCCAUUUCCUCCUAGCCUCUGGUAUUUGGAGAGAGAGUGCUUCUGAUCCCAGAGGUUCCAUUUAACUAUCACUCCCUCUAAUAGCAAACUUGGGAUGCUGAGUGUUGAUGGCUUUGUGGUCAAUAUGAAGUUACUGAGUAACUAGAGGGGAGGUAUUAAUAUGCUUAGGGGAGGACCACAGAAUGGUGAGUAUCUCCUGGCAGGGGUUGGGAAAUGGAAACCAAGAGGGUAGAGGAUUGGAAUUAGAGUGUCCUGGAAGACAUCGUGGUGGGCACCUGAACAGAAGCACUCCAUACUGCAACAUUUUGUUGCAGCUCCAACUUAUCAUGGAGACUAGCCAUUGGCAGAGUUCUCCAUCCAUUCGUCCUAUCCCCGUUUAAAACCAGAGACUAUCACCACAUCUUUUGCCAGGGAGUUCCAUCAGUUAAUUCCAUGCUGUUGGAAGAAGCACUUUCUUUUGUCUGUCCUGAAGCUGCUAACUGAUGGAUUUCAGUGAGCCACUCUGAGUGUUAUACAAGCUUUUCUUGAGCCCCGUCUGGAAUAUUUAAACCAGCCUUACAAAUAAGAAAGUCUUGAUGCUCACAAUGGUUGUUGUGUUUGUUUUUAAUAGCUGCCCUGCAUUGUGUUAUUAAAGGAAGGGGGGCGGGGAGAUCCAAGGUUUUAAUGAGGUCUCCCUACCUGUUGCCCGGAGGCAAGUCUGACUCACCAUAGGCGAGUGAGCUACUUGCAAACUUUGCAUUGGUUGACUGGGAUAUUCUUGAAGAAAUCUUUCUAAAGAGACCUUAAUUUCCCUUUUUUAAAAAACAACAACAACCUCAAGCUGCAUGUUUGCUAUGAAACUACAGCAUCCAUAAAUCCAUGUACCUUUAAAACAGGCAUGUCCAACAGGUAGAUCGUGAUCUACCGAUAGAUCACUGAACAUCUGAGGUAGAUCACUGGUAGAUCACUGGCUCCCCCCAAAGAAGCUCAACAACUUUGGCUCCCCUAAAAAAUCUCAACUUUUGUGCCCUGCACCCCUAAAAAAUGGGCCUUUGUCCUUUUCCUUCCCAAAAGAAGCUCAACAACUUUGACCUGAACCCCCCAAAAGGGGGGUAGAUCACUCCCAGUUUUUAACUGUGUGAGUAGAUCGCAGUCUCUUGGGAGUUGGCCACCCCUGCUUUAAAAGAAUGGGAAUGGAGUCUGCUUUUUUCCUUCCCUGGUUUUUCCCUUUGCUUGCCCUCCCCCUUUUUCCUCACCAGAGCUUCUCCCCGCCAGCCACACCACAUUCCUUCAUAAACCUUAACACCUUAGAAACAGAGUGAAUUAUACAAAUUAAAUGUAAUUGACUUGAUUUGCAUAGUUCUAAGUAGAAAAUUCGGAGUGUGUGGAGUGGGAGAGUUAGGAUUUCUGAGAAUUCCAGUGUGAAACGGACCUGAUUUGCACCCCCAAGACUAAAGUGUGGAUUGGAACAUAACUUUGCCCUUGCCUGAAUUUUGUGAUGCAAUUCUCGGCUUAAAAAACAAAACUGCCAGGAAUGCUUUCAAAAUGCGUAUAUUGAGAUAAAACCCAUUUAGAAAUGUGCCCAUUGAGAUGAACAAUGCAAAAUUUAGUGGCAAAAAGGUUAUUUAAAUUUGUGUUUGAACUUGUACUCUAAACAUGAAUUUUAUUGGAGUUUUCUACAAAUAAAAUUUACCGAUUAACGUGAAAUCUGAACUGGGCUUAAAAAAGAAGCGCGUGUCCGGUAGGCCAGGACUGCAGAGAGACUGAUCCAUCCAUCCCUAGAGGGGAAUACACCCUGCCCUCUGCAUAAUUACCCAUUAAUUACCUUCCUUGUUUCUGUUGUGGGCCAGAUUGGGCCACUUUUCCUAAUAAGCUCAGCUUGGUUGGCGCCAGGCUGGAAAUUCUACAGUAAUUAUCAGUUUGAAUUAGGGCCACAUCGUUUUAGUUAGUUAAGACUAAUCAUUUGAAAAGAUCUUUUGAUCAACCAAAAAGCUCUUCCGGUUAAUAAGCAGGCAGGGUGAAACCACUGCCCCACAGGCUCAUAGGCAGUCUCCCUCCGAGUACCAUUGAUUGGGGAACAAACAGAGCCGCUCUUUGCUGUGCUAGAGGGCUUCCCACUGUUGGCAUCUGGAGGGCCACAGUUGCUCUGUCUUGACCAGUAAACAGGACCCAGCAUGAUGAAAGGGCUGGAUUCUGUGGGACUCAUCAAGCAAGAUGCCAUUUUUGGCACAGAUGUUCCUGCAAACUGGGGUCAUCUAGGGUGCUGUUAGCAACCUUCCCAACAGUGUCCCAAAACUGACAAUUUUGCUAUCAUGUAUGUUGAUGGCUGCCAUAUUCCUCUACAGAGGAAAGAGAACCGGGGGGGGGGGGCAGUUUUGGUACAUGGUGGCAUCUUGGCCAACCAUCCCUUGUCUUGGAUCAGCCUUUAGCAGCAGGCAUCCCUGGGGUGGACAGAAGGCAAGCUGCUCCAAUAAUCAGUCAUGCAUUCCCAGCUGGGGAUGCGCAAGAAAUUCAAUCCAGGUUGGGUUUUGAGGCGAGCUUGCAUAAUUUGCACUGUCCGAAACAACAUGAGAACCAAAGGACACAGCCGUCCUCUGAAAUCCACACUUCGAUGAAUUUUGCAGUGCACUUCUCCAGCCUAGCAGCCCAGAAAUGCAGGCCCUGGGGUUAAGGCAUGAAUGAAAAUUCAUAUAUCAUUGAAAACGCCAUUUCAUAAUGCAUUAUAUUAAAGGAAAUUAUUUGCUGGUGGGGGGACGUGUACGUUAGGUAAAAUCAUCAUAUAGUAGGCAUGUCUAUUAGGAGAAAUUCGCACUCAGUUACUGAUGAAUUUUCAGGAGGACACAAACUGAUGGGGGGGGCUCACAAACUGAUGAAUUUUCAGGAGGACACAAAAUCACAAACUGAUGGGGGGGGCUCACAAACUGAACUGAACUCGAGAAAUGAGAAAUGAAAUGGGACAACUUUGCCCGUCCCUACUCCCAUGUUGAGGGCAGCAUGCGUUGGGGAUCAUGCUGGUGGGAAGGGGACUCAGCUGUUGGAGUCACCCAUGGUAGUACAUGUGUUGCAUUGCUACCUGCUGCAGUAGAAAGCUCCUGCCCACUUACACACACACACAUUUGUGCAUUUGCUCGCUUGGAAACAUUUACUUUGGGGUGAGCCAUCGGGCGCUUACCAUGGAUAAAUUCUCUUCAACAUAGAACGGAUGUGGGGAACCUUUCACUUUCCAGAAGUUGCUGAACUAUGACUUCCAUCAUCCCUCACCAUUGCCCAUGGGUGUAGGGGCUGGUGGGAGUUGUAGUUCAGCAAUGUCCCGAAAACCUAAAGUUCCCCCACAGUUGACGGAGAAACAAGGGAAAAAGACCUGAGCAAUGUGUAGGCUGAACUUUGGGUACUAAAUUGAAAGCCGCCAUGAAUCUCAAGAUGGUAUGGUAAGCAUGUUGCUCUGUCUUUACAACUCUAUGGUGAAAGGCUGAUAUUCCUGGCAUAAUGCCAUUAGAGUGCCAGCCACUUCCAUUUAAUACCCAAAGUGCUCCUAAGGACUGGACUGGGACUAGGCCCCUGGCUUUCCACCCUGACCAAUGGCCCAGAUAGACCCGGUCAAUGGUAGGUUGACAAAGAGUCUGGCCAAUCAGACAGGGCAUGUUGAUCAGAUUUCCUGGUUUGUUUGCUCUGUUUGCAUUUGGGCAUGUGGAAGCCUUGGGGAAAGAGAUGUGUCUGUCGGAGCACUCAUCACUGCAAUCAUUCCUCCAAUAGCACCUGCUGAGGGCAGGCCGCCUCGGAGCAUUGGAGCCUAGCAGCAAAAAUUGGUUCAGAGACCGUCAGACAGAGCGGUUUGCCCAAUGGCCGAAACCUGUCUUGGAGGCGGCCCGGGAAAAUUUGAGCUGAGGAGGUUAUCUUGGUUAGCAUGUCUACAUGGCUUUCCGGCCUACCUCGCGUGGCCUUGUAGCAAGAACCAAGAGUGUGCUGGCCUUGACACUUUUAGCACUUAGGUCGUCAUAGUUGGCCUUGGGUUGGAAGAUGGCAUCUGCAGCUCACAGCUGACAAGGCGUUUUGCAACAGCAGAUUUCGGAGGCAGGUUUUUGACCCAUCAUACUCAACUGAGCACCCGUGACACAUCUUGUGACCAGUAUACAGCUGUGAGGGGUGGGUGAGUGUGCCAAGGCUUCUCCCUUACUUGAUUCUCUUUCACCCUCUCACAAUAUUGCGCACCUUUUUCUUUUUCUUUUUUUACAAUAAUAGGCUGUGCAUUGGUUAGACCUUCCUGUUUUUGCUUGAUUCCCCUCUUCACGAGAUGUUCUACCUUGGGUGCUUCAGGUCAAAGGUGCCUCCCGACGGGACAUCUUUUUUAAAAAAAACCAGCCAGCCAACCCACCCAGGGAACUUAUUCUCAGCAGCUAAAUGGUUAAAAGACCCUUGGAAGCCAAUGCUUAUGAAUGAGAGAGGCAAAGUUUGGCCAGGUGCCAGGAUACGCUUUAAGGAGUGGGGGCAACCCAGUGAGAGCGUGAGAGAGACCUGAUGAUGGGAUCCUUGCGGCGGGGGGGAGGCAGGGGGGAGAAGAUGGGGCGCCCGCACAAGCCACGCAGCCGACUGCCUCCGAUGCCACGACCAACUUAAUUUUUAUAUUUAUUUAUUUUUUUCUUAAGCGAUAAUUCCAUGUCCUGAGGUUACAAACCGGCUGCAACUGGUUUUAUUUUUUUUUUCUUCUUCUCUCCCCUUCCCUUCCCCUGCCCCCGCUAAGCAUCAUGGGUAAAAGUAAGCAUCCCCCCCUUUUCUUUUGUUUAAUAUAACGGCACCACAGAUGAUUGGCAGGGACGUGCCCGUUCCACGACUGGGCUCCGGCAGGUCCCUGGAGGGGGAUGGCACGCCGCGGCCGUCCAUGUUCCACCGAGGGGGCUUCUGGUGAAAAAGCACCCUGGCUUUCCUCCCUACCCUCCUCACGGGCUGGCGAACCGACUCCCCCUCCAUCCGUCUGUCUCUCCCCUCCUCUUGACAAGUCGGGGAGGGAGUGGGAACACGCUACCUGUAAGUAUAUUCCUCCCUUUUUUUCUAAAAAUAAAUAAAUCUCUUUUUAAAAUUAUUAUUCAAACAAAAGGUUCUUUAGGGAUUAGCUAAGUCCUUUUCUCCCAAAAAAUCUUUCAUCGCUCUUGAACGUCGGGUUUUGUAUUUUAAUUUAUUAUUUUAUUUAUUUAUUUUAAAAAACACCCUUACUGUCUUGUCUAAAUGCAAUCAUGGAUUAAUUCAUUGAUUUUUGGCUUUCGCCCUCCCUGCUUCUGUCCCCCCCUUUUUUUUUCACAUGGCUACCGGUCUGGAGCCACAGAGGAAGAAUAUAUUUUGUGCUGGGGGUGGCACGGGCGGCGGUGGAGGAGGCGGCAGGAAGGUGGCUUAUUUCGGAGAAUGUGGCAAAGGCAUUCUAUUGUCUCUCUGGCAUGCUGAUAGUUUGAUCGAAUACCCGAACCUUCUCUCUCUCCCCCGUCUCUCUCUCUCUCCCCCCCUUUCCAUCUCCACCCCCCUUCCUUUUCAUGUCAGCUACAACCCCACUCUGUGAAUGGAGGCAGCCAGCUGACGAGGGAGCGCGCUGGCAUGGUGCCAAGGGCUGGGAGACGCGUUUGCGCGUGUGUGGAGCUUAUACGGCGAGCACAAAGCAGUGGCAGGGAGGUGGAAGCGGCAUGUGGGGGGGGGGAGAAGAGAGAGAGAGGCCUUCCUUGCGGUCUAGGAAAUCGCAGCCUAUUAUAUAAGGGAGUCUGCGUCACUCAGGCUGACGGGAGGAGAGUCGGGGGAGAGGAGAGAGAGAGAGGCUGGUCUCUUAAACCUCCUUUUGUCCCCCCACCCCUCUUUUUUCAUUCUGUUUACAGUGAUCACCGAGUUAAUGCUGAUAUUACACCCCCCCAAAAAAAAAACUUCCUCUGCCCUCUCGCUGAAAGAAAGAAUGAAAAAAACCUCACAGCUUCUAAGCAAACCAGUGUUCCUGGAGGAUUUCUUUGCCACCUUUCCUUGCACAAGGGAGGGGGAGAGGAACUCUUACACACACAUGCACUCCCCACCCCCUAAAAAUAAUAAUUGCCCUCUCUUUCGUCUCUCUACGAACUGACCCACUAAAUUCGAGAAAUGAGGCAUGAAAGGUUCCUGGAUUCCUCCACAUCCCUCUGAGUCAAAGAUUUCGUUUGGUGAUGUUGCUUUCGUUUGCUAUCGCGGAGCGGCUUUCGUCGCCUGCUUCUUAAUAAUGUUGUCUGCUUCGGUUUGUUUGGGGCUUCGGAAGGGAUGUGCCGCUGUGGUGGGUCAGCAUGAAGGUAUCCCAUGUUUAUGUUUUGUUUUACUGGUGUGGGGUUUUUUUGGUUUGGUUUGGUUUUUUGCACCCUCCGCUUUGAGAAGCCGCAAAGUUGUGUUGGCCAGCAGGGGUUUCUCUGUUGGCAGGGAGAAAGGCACUCUGUACCGGCUCAGUGUAUGUCUUUACGUGCUGCAAGGUUUCUGUGGCCAAGCGCUAGGUGAAGAUUCACGCCCAGGAGAACUGAAUUCAAUGGGAACGAAGAGUUGUGAGCCUGCUCUUGCUCAAAGCCUUCCUCUCUGUCCAUGGCUGAAAUGAAACCCGAGCCCCUAAGAACAGGAGCGGCUAAUGCCUGUUGGGACUGGCAGGGCAGAAGGCAGAGAGGCCAACCGUACCUGGAGCCAGAACCAACCAGAGGCAAAGCCAAGGCCAGGCUGUACUCCUACAGUGAACAUAGUGGGGCUUCCUUUGCUGGUAGACUGCUCAGGCAGGGACAACAGUAGUGGCUGGUGCUCAUUGGGACUGAUGGGGUGGAAGACCAGGAGCCCAAAAGUAGGUGGUGCCAGAGAUAAUGAGUGGCAGAGCCAACCAGUUCAAGCUUUGUCCCCAUCCCCUUCUUGCUAAGUUCUACGAGGGUCAACACUGAGACCAAGAAGCUGGCAGGCAGGGCUACCGCCUGGACUGGUUGUUGUAAGCGGGUAGGUGGGGGCUGGCUGAGGGCAGAUAGAGGUUGGUGGGGCUGUGCAUGGUUUGCCCAAAUGGACCACCCUCCACUGCAUAAGAAGACCCCUGGGUCUGUCCCUUUGGGUAUUCUGUUUCCCACAGGGGCUGAGCAGGUGGCCUCUGGGAAGGCCCCAAGUGGACCAUGAAGGCCAUAACCCAUUCCUGUACCUGUCACACACACACAAAUACACCCCCGGAACUGGUACUGGGGGCAAACUGCCUCUGAACCUAAAGGUUCCAUGUAGCUAUUGUGGAAAAUCACCAUCUGAUCAGCUUACCCGCUCUGAAUGUAUCUCAUCCUUUCUCAAAAGGAUGAGGAAUCUCCAAAGGACUCCCAUCCAAAGGACUCCCCUCAGCCCCAGCUAGCCAUGGUCAGCAGUCAAUGGAGGAGUAGCCCUGGUGGAUCUUCUUGCCCAGCAUCCCCUUUUCCUCACAGCGGCCUGCCAGGCCCUUCUGGGAAGACCACAUCUGCACAUGGAGGCAGCACCUUCUGUUUGUCUAUGGUCGUUGCCAAGCAUUUGGAGGAAUAUCGCUGCUAAACCUGGUGGUUCUGCUGAGUUAUCAUGGCGAGCACCGAUUGAUGCUGAGCUUUAACACUCUAUGAUGCAUGGAGAUGGUUGGUGCUGGUAAAGUACCGAGUUAAAGCCCCUGGCUGACUGCCGGAUGGAGUUGUAGCUCAGUGGCAGAGCAGGCACCUUGCAUGCAAAGGGUCUCGGGCUCAAUCUCCAACAUCUCCAGGUAGGGGCUGGGAAAGGCACCCCUCUUGAACCCCUGAAGAGUCACUGCCAAGCGUGUAAACAGUACUGAGCUAGAUGGACCAACGAUCUGACUCUGUGAAAGGCAGCGUCAUUUGUUUGAGGCGCUGAGAUUUAAGUGAAGUCAGACCUAAAAUGCAUGUGCUUUCCGUAUGAAAGAUCCCAUUUUCAGACCUCCAGUAUCUCCACUUACGAAUUGCAAAGACUCUAUUCUGAAAUCUGGAGAAUAAGGUUAAACAAUACUAAGCCGGGUGGGCAAUGGUUUGGCUUGGUUUAAGGCAGCCCCCGACAGAACUUUGUGUGCCCCCAAGGGACAACUCUAUCCACUUGAGACUCCUUAUUUCAGUGGGAGUGAAAGGACUUCUCUGAAUGUUGUCUGCAGUUGCUCUCCUGCCUUUCCUUUCUCUCUCCCUCCUCUCCGCUCUCCACCAGUGGGAGUUAGAGGACUGGCCUGUGCUCCCUAGCUUACUGAUGGAACAGAGUUAGGUGGUCGAAUCCUAAGCUGGUAGAAUAGACUGUACCACUUUGGAUUGCAAGCAGGGGCUACUGCUUUCAAGCAUUCCCCAUUCAUUUAUUAAAAAUGAAAGGCACCUAGCAUCAGAAAUGACUGUAUCAGAGGAAAAGUUCCAGCCCAGCCUUCCCUGGCUGUGCUUAUUCCCCCUGCCAUGUAAAAAGCUUUCCAAGAUGUAAUCCACUCCCUUCAAUCUGACUUGGCACAGUCCAGGUUUUGUUUUUUUAGCCACCACCUUAUAAACCAGGCUUGUUCUGUAGAGUAAUGUGGUUAAGAACCCUAAGCUGGUAGAACAGACUGUAACAUUUUUUAGACUACAAGUCUGGCAAAGCAUAGAUCCCCUCCCCUGCAUUUAAAGCACAAAAAGAUAUUCCUUGCAAGUAGAAAACAAACGCAGCAAGGAGCUUCCUUCCUGGGAAGGAAGGAGGCCAGGCUCCUUGCUGUUCUAGAUUUAUACUUUGGGGAAGUAUAGGUGUUUGGGGCUUGGGUUGCUGUUGAUGUUUGUGGCUUGGGCAUUUGUCCCUCGCUUGCAGCCUGAAAUGGCGCAGGGACUAAGGGGUGGUCAUUAAGAAACCCCCUCCUGAACACUCCAUUCUGACUCUUGCCGUCUCCGGACAAGAGAACUGCAAGAACUGAUGUGAGGACCCAGGUAGAGUUAGGAGCUAAGAAGGUGAGCCGUGAGUCUGGAAGGUCCCCGAUAAAAAUGUUUACCCUCUGCUAGGAAGCCUUUGACUGGCCUAUGGGCAAAGCUGGCUUUUGUUUAGCAAACUGCUUUUCCCUCCCCUGCAAUAGAAACAUAACAAGAGCCUGUGGGAAAUCCUCAGGCCGGACCUGAGCAAUAGCAGCUCUCCCCCGCUUGCGGUUCCUAGCUGCUGAUAACCAGAGGCCUCCUUCCUUCCCACGGUGGAGUGAGAACAUAGCCAUCAUGGCUGGCAGCCACUGAUAGCCGCAUCCUCUGUGGAUUUGUCUAAAUCUCUUUUAAAGCCAUCCAAGUUGGCGCCCAGCAGUACCUCUUGCAGGAGUGAAUUCCAUAGUUCAACUGUGCUUUGCAUGGAAGAAGUAGUUCAUUUCAUCCCAAAUCUUCCAACAGCUUCAUUGGCUGUCCCCGAGUUCUAGUAUUAGGAGUAAGAGGUGUAUACAAUGAUAAAUAAAUAUAUGCAAUAAUUCAUGGUGUAGAGAAAGUGGGUAGAAAGAAGUAUUUCACUUUCUCUACACCUUGCAUAAUUGUAUAUAGCUUAUUAUGUUUCCCCACCCCACAGGGGAUAAUAAUGCAAGGGAAGCCCUGCUAGUUCACUUCAUCCAGUGCCUGCUGUUCCCCUAAAGGCCCAACAACCUCCCCUUGCCAAUGGAUCCCAUCCCAGCAACUAGUAUUCAGGAUUAGGCAGCCUCUGAACAAUGCAGGUGCUGCUUACAGCCGUCAAGGCCAGUAGGUAUUGAUAGGCUGCUCUACUCCCGCAGUUCCUUUGGCUAAUAUCCAUCGCCACAAACAGAGCCCAAGGAAGCUGUCCUCUAGCCCAGUAGUGGCUACUCUGAGUAACAACGACUCUCCAGGGUGUUGGGCAGAGAAAGGUCUUCCCUCUGUUACCUGAUCCUCUUUAGCUGGUGAUGCCUGAUACUAAUCCUGGCACCUUCUGUGUAAGCACACUCUCUUUGUCCUGUGACAGUGAGUUCCAUAGAUUAAUUCGGUGCUGCAUGCAACAAGUACUUCCUUUGCGUGCUUGGAAUCUGCUGCUAGUCAGUUUUGUGGGGUGACUCCCAAACCCCAAAAUUUCUCCAUCCAUAGUUUUAUAAACUUGGUGUGUGUGUGUGUGAGAGAGAGAGAGAGAGAUUGUGUUCUUCGUCAUUGUCUUUUCGUCCCUUUUCCCCAGUGUGGAAUUUGCCAGCUUCACCCCUGCACACUGGGUUGAGAUGUUUUCCAUUGUGUGUUGGACCGCCUUAAAGGGCUGGUGUAAGGAUUAAUGUGGCCAUACAGAGGAAAAUGCUGUGGAGCCUCCCCCAAGUUCUUUCAUGGAUGUGAAGUGUAUACUGUGUAUACCUUUUGAAGCAGGAUAAACUGCCCUCUGUAUGCAGCUAGGUAGUCAAAUUUCAUGUACUGUUCCUUUCAAAUGAUUUCACUUCCUUCAAAUCCCAGGUAGCCAAAAUUUCCCCCGUCCGUCCUCUGUUCAUUUUGCUUGCUUGAUCCUCCCUGCCCUACCUCUGAUGUUCCUCUGGAAGAAACCAUGCAGGGGUGGGAAUGUCCCCAGUCUAAAACCCCAGACGGCCGCUGCCAGUCAGUGUCAGCAGUACUGAGCUAGAUGAUAUCAGCUGGUCUUACUUGGUACAAGGCUGCAUCUUACGUUCCUAUGUUAUGGGGAAGGACUGUAGUUCAAGCAUCUUCUGUAUGCAGAAGGUCCCAGAUUCAAUUCCUGGCACCCCACAAGUAGGGCUGAGAAUGUUCCAUUCUGAAAUCUCAGAGAGCGGCUGCAGGUCUGUGUUGACAAUACUGAACUAAGUAGUCGGUAUAAGGUCGUUUCCUGCGUUCAACAAGCCCACUUUAAUGCCGAGAGCUGUUGCAGUGUCUUGCGGGCUGAGCUGCUUUAUUACAAGGGGAGCUUUCCAGCAUCUUUGGAUAAUUUGCUUCCGACGAGCUGUAAGGAAGAUGCAGGGUGGGGGUGGGAGAGCCAUUUCAAUGAGCUUGCGCCGAAAUGGCUCCUACGGACAACUGCGCCGGCAGCUGUUCUCUCUGCUUCCUUCGAAAACAAGAGUCCGGUUUGUCUGGGGACAUCUAGGUCUCUCUCAUCGCCACUUCUCCGUACGCACUUUCUGAGAACCGUUGUCUUGCUGUCGUUGGGGAACGUGAUCGGUAAUCCUCCCCCCCCCCUCCCACAACUGCAAUGGAUCGCGGUGGAAUUUGGAUCGCGGGCUCCUUGGAAGAAAGCUGUGGUUUGUUUGUAAGGCGAGCUUCUUUUCUUUCUCCUCAGUCUCCAAACUCACAAGGCACAAUUGCUGCGGAGAGUAUCUCUUUUUGCCAAGUUGGGUGCGGAAUGAGAAAGGGGGGGGGGAGAGAGUGUUGUGCCAGCAUAAGCACUGGAAGGAAGAGGCAGGGUCUGAGCCAGUCUCCAGUCUGAGAAGGGUGGCUGGGAAUGGCUUGAUCUUCUCGCAUCUCUCCUCCCCGUCCUGCUCCUCGGACCGCCUGGCUGUCAAGUCCCGGUUUCCUUUUUUGGCGAUUGUCCUUUUUAUAGCAUUGUAUGGAAACGUUUCGUCUUGGGAGACAGCCAUUUUGUGCGUGUCCUGUCUCGAAACGCAUCUCUCUUUCAUUUCAUUUUUUUUUUUUUAACAGCAGUGACAUCCGCUUCGCUCUCGGAGAAGCUGAGGCGGAGCAGCUUUUGAUGGUGGUGGUGGGGGGAGAGCUGACAGUAUUGAGCCAGCACCGGCACCCCUUUCCCAGACCCAGAGGGUGCGGUGGGGGCAAUAACCUCUGCAGGGUGGGCUCAGAGCAAGGCAGAAGAAACUGUGCCAAAGGCAGGGACCACGUGCACCCGUGUGAUUCUUAAGAUUGUGAAAUUUGGAAUCUCGAUGAUCUUGUAUAGUACAGUCUGUUGUAGGCUGAAGGUAAAGCAGGAUGGAGACUGUCCUGAGCAGAGAAGUAUUGCAACAGCUUGUUAGCCAGCAUGCUACAUAGAUGGUGCUUUCCACGUAACAGGGGCAGUGAGCCCCAGAAUGCCAAAUUCUGGGGACAGACAGGAGGUGCCCUGCAAGUGGGAUUCCCAGGGGCAGCUGAUUGGCUGCUGGGGUGAAAAUAAGAUGUUGCACUAGAUUGGGGUGGGGAACCUUCCUCAGCCCGAGGGCCGCAUUCCCUUCUGGGCAACCCUCUGAGGGCCAUGUGCCAGUGGUGGGUGGGGCCAAGGGCAAAGUGGGCGGAUCAACAUAUGUAAAUGUUACCUUUGUGCCAUAGGUCAGUUUCCACACAUGCUCACACGCCCUUCUCUAUCCUCCAUCCAGGCAAGCUAGCAUCAUAAUCGCAGAGUUCAAGGAGAACUUCCAGGCAGGCAGAAUCCUCUCUGAAAGGGGGUGCAGCAAGGCUGGUGGGAUGUGUGGCCUGAGAAAAGAGGGUGUGGCUCAUGGAGAGGUAUGGCCCAGGGAGAUUCCCGAGGGCCAGGAGCAGAGGCCUGGAGGGCCACAUUCAACCUUCCGCUCCCCCGCACUGGGCAGACAUUUGGUCUGACCCUAGAGGGCUCUCUUUGUGUUUUCAGAUGACCGGGAGUUGUCUCCAUGCUCUGAGGGUGACCUUUCAGGGGGACUCUGGCUGUCCAGAGUUUGGAAACAGAAGGAAGGACUAAAGGGCCCCUUGAUCUGCUUUGGCAGGGCAAAAAAGCAUCACAUUUCUACAGGGUAUGAAGUGCCCUGUUUCCAGCACUGGGGAUCUGCAGCUGGCAGUCCCUGGGGACAAAUGCAACCCCUGGCGGAGUAUUCCUGUCCUCUCAUUUGCCCAGCAUCAGUGAGGGAUUUGGGAAUGGUGGGGGUUCAAUGUUGCAGGAUUCUUUGGCGGUGGUAGGGUUGGCGAUUGGGCCUUCUUCUCAAAACAGCCCUCCAGAAAUACUCAGUUGCCCACCUCCCUCUGGAACAAGAGAUUUGUGAAACCUUGCACGUUGUUUUCCUGUAAUACUUGCUGUCUUCCGGAGAAUGAAUAGCAAGCGAGCAUAGAAUCCUGGGAUAUCCAUAGAUGGGCAGACCUAGCAGAUGACCAUGCUGUAAGCUUGCAGUGGAGUCGUGCACGGUCUUCUCUCCAGGAAGUGGUAGCUGAAAGAGUAUGUUGCUGCCUCUGGAGCGGUCAGGCUCUGGGACCAAAUAUUCAGAUCCUCCUAUGGAGCCCAACAUCUUGAAAGUGCUGCAGUUCAGUGGUAGAGCAUCUGCUUGGCAUGCCGAAGGUCCCAGGUUCAAUCCCUGGCAUCUCCUGGUAGAGAACCCUCUCGGAAAACCUAAGAGAGCUGCUGCCAGUCAGUGUAGACAGUACCAAACUAGAUGGACCAAUUGACUGAUUUGUUAUAGGGCAGCUUCUUAAAUCAUCCUGUUAUUCAGAAACAUGAGGACUGGAAUCUUGGUUUAUUAUUGGGUAAAGGACUAUAACUCACAGGGAUAGUCCCAGGCAGACUCAGUCUCUAGGUAGGGCUGGGAAAAGACUCUGGUCUCAAAUCCUGGGGAGCCUCUGCCCAUCAGUGUAGGCAAUAUGGAACUAGAUGGGGAAAGAGGCAGCUUCUUGGAGUUCCUAUAGAAUACACUGGCUUGGGAGCAGGAAGAGGGCUUUUUCCAUGGCCAUGCCUAGGCUCUGGAACUUUCUCCAAGGGAAUCAUGUUUCACCCAAAACAUAGUCAAAACCUUCCUUUUUUAAAUAUGGCAUCUGACUCACAGAUGGCUGUUUUGUCUUUAUUUUUUAUUAUUAUUCAGGGUUUGAUCUGCUACUCUGGUGGUAUUGGGAGUGGGGGUUGUUCGGUAUUUAGUGUCUUAAUGUCUCUGUAAUUGAUAUUUCAAAUUGUGCUUUGAUCUUCUUAUUAGCCUCCUUGAGUUUUUAAAUAAGGAAAGGCAGGGUGUAAAUGUGUUUAAAAGAAAGCAGAGAAAUUUACCACCACCCAGAAUUGCACAAUUAUGGAGCACUGACAGCAGCCUUCUGGGCACGGCGUAUGAAACCCCCAAGGGGAGGAGUGCGUAACAUUAUUUUAAGGACUCGAAAACAUUUCUUCAUCUUUCCAGUGAAAACUGCGGGGGGAAACACUCCUUUUUUGCUGCCCCUUAAUUGAAACCCAGUAGGCCCCCAGAGGAGCAGACAGAGCAGGCAAAAUUUGCUCUUGUAGUCCAUCGCCAACCACAGCGAGGGUAGGAACAGGGCAGAACGAUGUCUUUGUGGAUCUUUUGUUGCUGACGACUCUAGCUGGAGAAGGCCUAAAUGCUUGCAGUUCUUCUUUAGCAGCUAAUUAAAAUGAAAAACAAAAUUGGAACAGGAGCCAGGAAUGUCGACUGCACCCACUGUCUCCCACACAAACCUUGCCACGGGCACAGGCAAUGGGCUCCGCAAAGACCCUCCCUCCUCCUGUUGGCUGUAACAGAGCCUCAUCUUCAUGCACCUUGGCUGCUGGCUUUAUCUGUAGGCCGAGACUCAGGAUUUGAGUAGCUUUGAGUCAUGUAGGAGAAGAAAUCUUGAGAACGUCUGGUGGUGGUGGUAGUGGCAACCCAGGACAGAGACAAUUAAGAGAGUCCUGAUCACCCAAAGAAGAGCGUCUGCUAAAGCCUUCGUUUUUUCCAUUCAAGAACUUAUUAAGAUCUUUUGUCUGCGGGGGUUUGGUUGGUUGGAGAAAGAAGCCACAAUGAGUAAUAGGGGGAUCCUUAGGCUUGGGGGCUAGGCAGACAGGGGGCUGGUAUCAAGACAGGCAUCUGAACUGAGGUCGUCUCUACUUCCCUAUCAUAUGCAGCAGGGAUGGGAAAUCAGGCCCUCCAACUUCUACUGCUCUCCAUCUCCCAUCAUCCCCGACUGUUAGCUGUGCUGGCUGGCAAUGGUCCAAGGCAGCAUGCGCAUUGAUUACCCAGUCGUAGAGCAGAGCCCACCCAUGCUAGAACGCUUCUCGCAACAUGGGUUAAGGCAGCUCAACACUCCAUUCUACCAAAGGGAACCUUUUACCCCCUCUCCAUUGCUUGCACACCAUGCAGAAAUGUGGUGUGUAACCAACUGCCCUUGAAUGACUUUAUCGAAGAAUUGGACUUGUAAAAGGAGCACUGAAGUGGCAGCAAUUGGAGAAAAUCAUAAGAACGUGAGAGUAGCUGGAUCAGGCGGGUCCAGCAUCCUGUUCUCACAGUGGCCAUCCAGAUGCUCACUGGGAGGCCCAAAAGUAAGGCCUGAGUGCAGCAGCAACUCUCCCCUCCUAUAAUUUCCAGGAACUGGCAUUUCCGGCUCCAGCUGUGAAGGCACAGCAUAGCUGUCAUAGCUAGUAGGCACUGCUAUCCUUCUCCACGAAUUUGCCUAAUCCUCUUAAAGCCAUCCAAGGACCAUCACUACCCCUUGUGGGAGUGAGUUCCAUAAGUUUAAAUCCACAUGCCUCUCUAUGCAUCGGAUACUUGAUGGAGGUGAACAAAAGAGAGAGUGAGAAAGAGAGAAGGCCACUACCUUCAUGUUGUGGUUGUGGGUUUCCAGCAGGCCUCGCUGGUCAGAAGCCCAGGACUAGGUAAAAGGCUAGAUAGACCUUUCAGUCUGAGCCCAAGGGUGGCGAACUUCAGGCCCAAAUGUGGCCCUCCACACCUCUCUCUCUGGCCCUUGGGGCUCUCCCUAGACCACCCCCCUCCCCAUGCCAUAACUUUUUUUUUUCCCCCUGGCUGGAAUGUACCCUUAGCCUGUGAUCAUUUCUCGUGUCUUGCCCUGCAUGGAGGACAGAGAGGCUUGUGUGUGGAAGCCCCUGUCCUUUGCGUGGCUGGAACAUUGCCCACUACGGAACUCUUCAACCUCGAGUCCUCGGAUGCUGUUCGGCUUCAACACCAGCUUAGGCAAUGGUCAGGGGUGAUGGAAGUUGUAGUCCAACAGUAUCGGGGGAGCCAGGGUUUGAAAACACUGGCCUAAUCUAUACAUCCAUUGCUCCACCCACUUUUACCUCUGGCUGUCCCUGCCGCUGGCAUGCGGCCCCCAAAAGAUGGGUCACGAGUGAAUGUGGACCUCAAGCUGAACAAAAUUCUCCACUCCGGUCUGACCUAUAAGGCAGUUCCCAUCCUCUUGCAAUCAAUGGGUCUCUCAGAGCACAGUCUGAGUGUGUGUGUGUAUGUGUAGCUUGAAACAGAACCAGAUAAACGGCAUGCCAAAGCCCUUUGGGUGAGAUGCUGUCCAGCCUCCUACAUGCCAGCCACGUGGCCUCUCCUCAUUCCCAGAAGCUUUGCAGGCCACAAAUCUAUCUGUACGAAUAAAUCUGACUUACUUGAUUUCUCUCAGAUUGCUGUGACUCCAGGCCUUCGUCGGAUCAGCUGGCUGUCCCUUGGGUUUUGUUCCAACAUUCUACUUUUUCGCUUCUCCCUCCUCCUUCCCCCUCGCUCUUCAUCUCCAUUGCUUUCUUGGUACCUUCACUGCUCCCGUUUGCCUGCUGCGCUCCCCAAGGGUUUUACAAGCCCUCAUGGAGCUUCCUGGGGAACUGAUUUGGGGAAGGGGAGGGCACAGAUUCUGCCUCUGUGGGGUUUUAAAACCAGCACCUACCGCAGACGAAGGACCUGCUGGAUCAGGCCAGCAGCCCAUCUAGUCCAGCAUCCUGUUCUCACAGUGGCCAACCAGCAUCCCUAAUGGGAAGCGUGAAAGCAGGACUUGGAGCGCAAGAGCACUCUCCCCACUUGCGGCUUCCAACAACUGGUAUCGAACAGCAGUACUGCCUCUGACCAUGGAGGCAAAGCAUGGCCAUCAUCGCUAGUAGCCAUUAAUAGCCUUCUCCUCUGUGAAUGCAUCAGUUUUUCUUUUAAAACCAUCCAAGUUGGUGGCCAUCACUGCCUCCUGUGGGACCGAAGUCAUAGAUAAACUCUGCACUCCACGAAGAAACACUUUUCCCUGUCCUGAAUCUUCCAGCGUUCAGCUUAAUUUAAUAUCCAUGAGUUCUAGUGUGGCGAGAGAGGGAGGAGAAAAGCUUUCCCCUGUCCGUUUUCUCCAUUCUGUGCAUAGUUUUAUAAACUCAUAUCAAUAUGUGGUGGUUUACCUAUUCAUUUUCCCCUAACUGUGUUUGCAAUAGUUUUCUAGUCUUCAUGUUGUCCCAAAGCAUGAAAAUUAGUGCAAGGUUGUGGUGAUGGUGUUUCCCACCUGGGAACCAUGGCUUUCCUUGGAAUCUUUUCAGGGUUACACUGUGCAGAGAUAGAUAAUGCUUAAGGCAAGAAUGGGGGAACCCAGACCUGUGGGGGAUGCAGGCCUGGGGUCCAGUUGUGAUCCUCUGACCUCUCUCAGAGCUUUCCGUAGCCCCUGCGUCGUGCCCCUCCUUGAAUGUUUUUCCCUAUCUGGGAUGACUCCUUGGAUUCUGAUUAUGCCUUUUGCUUUCCUUGAUGAAAGAUAAGGGGGGGUGUAGAAAUUAGCCUACGGUACAAAGUUAAAAUUUUCAUUCAUUGCUCCACCGAUUUUGUCCUCUGGACACGGCCACCAAUGGCACUUGGCCCCUGGAAGGUUGCCCAGGCAGGAUUGUGGCCCUCAUUGAAGAAGGUCGCCCAGCCCUGGCUUAGAGAAUAUCUUUCUCUCUUGAGAUAUACCAGGGAGUCUGUGCUGCACAUUCCAACACUGUCCAAAGCAGGGUCGCUGAGCAUGUGAGGCAGGGCCUUCUCAGUUGUGGCUCCCAGACUUCAGUAUAGCCGCACUCAGGAGGCCUGUUGAACAGUGUUUGGAAUUCGCCAGGCACAUUUUGUACCUGACUAUCGGCCACUUGCGACCAAGUGAAGAUGCCCGGGUGCCAGGAUGGCGCUUGACAUCUCUGGAGGUACCUGCCUGGGGAUCCUUGGAUCUUGACUGUUUUCACACACUAGCAACACAUCCUGUAGAAUUCUAUCCAUUAUAUUUUAUCUGCACAAUCAGAAUGACUUUCAGGAAACAAAAAGGUGUAUUGAAAAAUACAACACUUGAGCUAUCUGACCCAAAAUUGGCAACUAGGCAUUUCAUUUUGGUGACAGUAACCCUGGUUUAGGGAUGUGGGUGGUGCUGUGGGUUAAACCACAGAGCCAGAGUUCUGUGGUUGGUGGUUCGAAUCCCCACGACGGGGUGAGCUCCCAUUGCUCAGUCCCAGCUCCUGCCAACCUAGCAGUUCGAAAGCACAUCAAAGUGCAAGUAGAUAAAUAGGUACCGCUUCGGCGGGAAGGUAAACAGCAUUUCUGUGCGCUGCUCUGGUUCGCCAGAAGCGGCUUAGUCAUGCUGGCCACAUGACCCCGAAGCUGUACACCGGCUCCCUCGGCCAGUAAAAUGAGAUGAGCGCCACAACCCCAGAGUCGUCCACGACUGGACCUAACGGUCAGGGGUCCCUGUAUCUUUUUAACCCUGGUUUAAGGAGGCGUUUGGUGCCUAGCUUAUAUAUCUGAGUUUCUAACACUGCUGUUGAACCUCUCGCCUCUCAGCCUUUUGUAGGCUUCUGCAGCCCACCUUGUUUAGAUGGGCCUUGGGUUUGGAUAAAAACCACCAGGGUGGUUUUCAUUUGAUUCAGUUUAUCUUUUGUUAUCAAACUCUCCCCCCCCCCCCUUUGUUAUUCUGUUGUUUUUCCUAAAUCUCACCAUGAGAACAUGGGGAACUUUCUUAUGCGCAGCGAAACCUUAGCUCAGUUAUGUCUAUGCUGGCUUCCCAACCCUCCCUGCGUGCAGGUCCCAAGUUCAAUCCCUGGCAUUUCCAGAAGGGACCAGGAGAGACUCUGUGCCUGACAGCCUGGGGAACUUCUGCCAGUCAGUGUGGACAAUGCUGUACUAGAUGGACCAGUGUUCUUAGUCAGUAGAACACAGCUUCCUGUGUUCCUAUGUGGCAGGUAUAGGACCUGCGACCUUUGCCUGGCAAAGCACUUUGAGCUACAGCCCCACAGACUCCUGUCUGAAACCUCAGAGAGCCACUGCUAGUCAGUGUAUAGAUGAUACUUAUCUGAAUGGACCAAUGGUUUAACUUGUUAUGUCAGGGAUGUGGAGAAUGUUGCCCUCCAGGUGUUUCCAAAUUCCCACCAUCCCCAACCAUUGGGCCAUGCUGCCAGGGGCUGAUCGGAGUUAUAGUCCAAAACAUCUGGAGAGUACUAGGUUGCGGAAAGCAUAUUUAAAACAACAACUUACCAGCCGGUAUAAGACAUAAUGAUUGUGGCUGGGUGAACUGAGCUGAGGUCUUAAUUGAGAGGAGGCGUCUGCCGUGCUUGCAAGAGGAAGAGGGGAGGUUGGGCAGGAGCCAGAGGGCAGGUUAAGUGGGGUUGUGCCACGUGGGGACUGGGACAAAGGGACGCUUGUGCCAAGGACAGCCAGGUCAGCCCUGAGGCCACAACGUUUGAUGCAGAGCCUUCCAAACAAUGGCUUGUGUUUGGAUGUAAUGCUCAACCGCAGAUCAGCGCCAUGGGAAUGGGCCUUGGCAAGCACCCUCUCUCUUUGCUUCUGGUGCAGCCCCAGGGACCAGAUCAGAAGCUCUCGCUUAACCACAGUUACUCAUUCCACCCAAGCUGAGUCACUUUGGUAAUCCAAACAGAGUGGCAGACAAACCAGGAUUGUGAACCACAGGUUGAAGCUGGCUUCUUUCACUAAGCCAGCCUUCCCCAACAUCAUACCCUCCAGGGUUUCCCUCAGCAUCCGGUUAUAAGAACAGGACUACAUGGACCAUUGGCUCUUCUUAUGUCCUUGUGACGUUGUUGGACUCCCAUCAGCCUCAGCCAGCAUUGCCAGUGGUCAGGGAUGGUGGGAGUUGGGAGUGAAAUUGGGGGAAAGUGUUCUAAACCAUAGUUAAGACUAACCACAGUUUAUGCUGGUUUGGGCAUAGUGAAUAACUAUGGUUAUUUGAAAACCAAAGCAAAUAAUUCCUGUUUCCUCACAGCCUUGCCUGAGGAGUGGAAGGGAAGUUCUCAAGCUCUGAAGCUGAUGCACAAAACUUCUUGCCCAUGGUUUAGUGUUAGGUGCAAGCUCGGCCAAUCAGGCGGCCAGGAUAAAAACCAGUAGGGGCAUGAGCCUUGAAUGGCAGGAAGCCCCUGUGGCUUUCUUUAAUCACUAGGCUCUCCUGUAGGCAUUGAAGACCUGAGUGCUGACCUUACCAGGGAUCAAACACAUGUUUCAAGAAAGUGCAUCUGUGGGUUCUUGGAUACCUUCCUUGGCAUCCCAAGGUCAGACAAAGCAAACAGUCACUUGCCAAGUUCUGGGUUUUUUUGGCGGGAGGGAGGGAGAGAGAAAAACCCUAUUUGUAUCACUCCCAGUCCCUGCCAGAAUUUUGUCCCUGGAGAUCUUGGUCACAUUGGGAUUAAAGGAGAACAUAGGUGUGCCCCUCGCCGCAUGCUCCCUAACCCCAGAUGAUGCAGUCAGAACAAACUUUGGUUGCAAUUAAAAUAACUUUGCACAGCAGCGGGGUGUUUGUACUGAGGUUUCCGUAGUCCCCAUUAAAGCAAGGGUUUUCUGUUGGGAACUGUUUGCAUAACCAUCUCCUCUGGAGUCUAGGAAGGGUCUUUUUCACAGGUAUAGAAACUUACUGGGGGGGAUAUUUACCAACCUGCCAAAUUAUUUGGCUGCAGGCAUCUUUGAUAAACAGAAAUGAAGGUCACUUAGGAACAUAGGAAGCUGCUUUAUACUGAGCAACUGUUGGUCCAUCUAGCUUGUUAUUGUCUAUAUCGAUUGGCAGUGACUCUUCUGGGUUUCAGGUAGGAUAUUACCAGCCCUGCCAGGAGAUUGAACCUUUCGGCCUUCUGCAUGCAGAGCAGAUGCUCUCUCCAGUGAGCUGUUGUGGGUCUCUGAAAUAAAAUAGUAAGAUUUCACUCCUCACGGUUGUGAAGAAAUGGAUGGUUUUAAACCUGGGACCUUCCGCACACAAAGCAGAUGGUCUUCGGCCCUUCCCCAGACAUUUACCCGGGAGCAACCCCAAGUUUGCAACAACUGAGAUAAAGAACUCCCCUACAUGAAAAGGUUGAAGCAUUUGGGACAUGCUAGCUUAGAGAAUAGGCGAGUAAGAGAUGACAUGAUAGAAGUUCGUAAAAUUAUGCAUGGCAUGGAGAGCGUGGGUAGAGCAAAGUUUUCCUCCCUCUUUCGUAAUCCUAAGAAACACGUGGGUGUCCAAUAAAGCUGAAUGUUGGAAGAUUCAGGACAGAUAGAAGAAAGUCCUUCCUCAUACAACGCAUAGUUAAACUACGCCCGCAGGAGAAAGUGAUGGCCACCAACUUGGAUGAUUUUAAAAGAGGAGUGGAGAAUAGGCUUUCAGUGGUUAAUGGCCACAGUUGCUGUGCUCGGCUUCCGCUGUAAAAGGCUGAUUAAACUUACUGGAAACCACAGGAAAGAAGAGGGUUCUUGUGCCCAGGUCCUGCUUGCAUCUGGUUGGACUCUGCAAAAACAGUGCAUUGGACUAGUUGGGCCAUUGGCCUGAUCCAGCAGCCAGGCUCCUCUUAUGUUCCUAAGACUACAGACUUAAUUUGUCAUUUAAAUUGAGCGUGAGCCCUCUUGGACUCAGUGAGAAUUGCUUCUGAGCACAUUUAGGAUUGAUCCAGCAGCACAUUUGCAAGCUUUGAAAUGUGUAAUACAGUAGCUGAGGUACAAUUCUACUCUGUGGUGCUGAAUUUUAGCUUGUGGGGCUGGUGUUAAGUACCCACAUGACAGUUUUGUGAGGCUAUUUUUGUUAAAGGUAUUGUUUCAUUCUAACUCAGAGUGGUGGUUUUAAAAAAAAACAACUCCUUUUUUGUUAAGCUUCUUUUUCUUUUUUAAAGAAGGCUUCUGUGUUGGAAUUUUUUUGUCAAAAAGGCAACCUUAUCAAAAUGGAAUCAAUGCAUUGGUUAGACAAGGAGGUGAUUAAUCAGCAGUGGAAUGAUUUAAUCACCUGACAAGGACUGGUUUCUGAGACAUACACUUAAGUGUGUGUGUGUGUGCGCGCACACACACACACACACACACAGAGUCUGCAAUGCACAUCUUCCCUCUAAACAUGUCCCUGCAUGCCUGGCUGUCUUCUGGCUCCGGGCUUGUCCUCCAAAAUGCGUUCCCAGCCAAGCCUGCUCCGGAGGUGGGGGAGGUUUGCCUUCAGGGCUGUGAUAAAAAGUUGUCUGAGGACAGAUGAAAGCAUGCCAACGUAUUGUUUAUUGAGCCGGUUUUGCUGCUCAUGAAGAUUUGUACCCCACUUUUCUCACAGAGGCUCGGCGGCAGCUUUUGAUGUGUCCUGGCGCUACCAGUCUGCUUACUGGACCAGGAACAAAGUUCUUCCGUUAAUUCACAGAACCCUAAACAACAAACACUGAGUGCCUUAAGGACAACCUGCUUCUGAUAGUGGUCACUUAUGAUGGUCCUCCAUUAUAUUGCGGUUCCCUGGUUUAUACCAGGGACUGAGACUUUAGUGUCAUAGCUUUUAGCGUCCGUCUCUCAUAACACUAGAGCGGAUGGCACAUCCUGAAUGAUGCAAGAUUCGGGGCAGAUAAAAUACCUUCUUCACGCACUGCAUCACGGGAGGCAGUAAUGGCCACAAACUUUGGCUUUAAAAGAGAAUUGGACAAAUUAAUGGAAGAGAAGGCUUUCACCAGCUACUAGCCAUGACGGCUAUGUUCUCCCUCCACCGUCAGAGGCCUACUGCCUCUGAAGACCAGUUGCUGAAAGCCACAAAAGGGGAGAGUUGUCCUGCUUUAUGGUUUCGCAGAGGCAUCUGGUCGGCCACUGUGAGAACAGGAUGUUGGACUGUAUGGGGCACUGGCCUGGUUCAGCAGGACUCUAAUUAUGUUCUUGGGUUCUUAUUAAUCUCUUACUGCAACAGAGCUGGGUAGUCUUUGGUCUGGUUGCACUGAAUCAUCCAUGAAGCCCCCGAGAUCAAAGGAUGGCAGCCACAAAGUGGGAAAUCCUGCUAUCCUCUGCCGAGGCUCAGUGUAUUGUUUUUAUUUCUCCCAGCCUUCCCCAGCCCCUCUGGAUCUUGCUAGGCUCCCAGCUCCCAUCAUCAUCCCUGACAUCUGGCCAUGCUGACUGUUGCUGGGACUAACAGGAGUUGUGAGUUCAGCAGCAUCCAGAGGGUACCAUAUUAAGCAAGACUCGGAUCAAGAAUGAGGAUGUCCUGAGCUUCAGCAGAAAACCGCAUAGAGUUUUCUGAGCCCAUUCAGCAACAUCAAAUCCUUUGGAAUCUAUUUUUUGUUUGCAUGUUAUGUAAUGCGCUUGUAAAUGAUUGUCAAGUGAGAAACCUUCACUAUAGAACAGAAAGACGUGUGAAAAGUAUACACUGAAUCCCAUCAACAUCGGGAGCAAAAACGGGGAAGGGAGAUGAGAUAGAAAAACGGAGGGACAGGCACACUGCUCAGUUCUGGAGCAUAGGAUUUGUGUGGAGGAAGCCAAAUUCAUCUUCUGGCAUCUCCAUUGAAACAGGCAUUUCUGGAAAAGACCUCCAAACCCAAGACCACUGGCAGCUCCCACCAAUCAGAGGAGACAGUCUGAUUCCCAAGUGGCUUCAUAUGUUCUGAUUAGGGAUGUAAGAACAAGGGUGAUUUCUGUUUCCACCUGCCUUUGUCACAUUCAGCAUUGUUUCCAUUCCACUGCAGUUCAGUUUCUGCCAAAUACUAUGUUACUCAUCUUGCUGUGCACUGUUUAGCAUACUUAUUUAAGUAAUUUAUGGAUUUAAUGUCGUUAAGGACUUGUUUCCACACCUUUCUUAUAAAUGCUAGGGAAACACAGUUUGAAUGGUGAGGAACUGCUCAUUUAUAUAUACUUUGUGGGCUGAAAAUGGUGAAUACAUGUUGGUGUUUGAUGGAUUUAAUUUCUAUUCUGGGCAUGGGACGAAUAAGCAGGCACCAGCAAUUUCUGUUUCCAUUUUCGAUGGACUUCUCUGACAUCUCUAGUUCUGAUACACUCAUUAUGAGUCUGCUACACUCCUGUCCUCGAAAUCCUGUCUCAAAUGUCACUGUAAAAGCAAGCUGCUUUUUAAAGCUACUCAUUUAUCCACAUCAUAUACUGCCACGCACAAAGCAAUAAAUGUCCGAACUCCCAUUCCAGCCCAAGAGGAACCCAACAAUUCUCUAUAAAGGAAAUCAGAUAGUGUAUCAGGACUAGCGUUCUUCUCAAAAGCUUCCCAGCCACAUGUAGCACCUUGGCUCCUCUAUGGCAAACAAGUGGUUGCUUCCAGCAGAAGCUUCACUCAUUUAGACUGCUGAGUGCCUAAAAAUAUGUGGCCAAGCGAUAUAGUGAGAGAUUUUUGUGGAUUAGUGUCUUCUAAGGACUUGCAAGCGAGGCUGUCAAAUGUCAGUACAUGUCCGAAGAAUGUAUUUUACUUUUUCUGAGGGGAGGGGGGAGAGGCCAUUAGGGAUGAGGGACAAAUUCUGUUUGGUUCGCAUUUAAAGGUGAAAGUACCUAAAUUGCGCUUUCUGAAACAAUAAGUGAAUCUAAACAGCUGUCCUGCAAAAUUCACACCUCGCUGAAUUUUGCAACACAAUUCUCUGGGCAAGUGGGGUCAAGUGUGCAUAAAAAUACAUCUGUCAGUGAAAAUAAUAUACAGGCAUGCAUAUUAGGGGACGUUGCUUUGCAAACGUGUGUAUUAGGCAAAGUUGCAUCCAAAACUGUGUAUCCUGGGAGCAGCUCACACUAGAAUUCUGAUCAGUUUUCGUGAAGGCAAAUCACAAACCAAUGUGAAAAUAACUGACCUAAGGAUUAGAAAUGAAAGAAACUUGAAAACUGCUAGAUUCCUUGAAACUCCUCUCUCUUUAUUCAUUCAUUUUCCUACAUUUAUAUCCUGCCUUUCCUCCAGUCUUGGAACCCAAGGCAGCUAGCAUGUGGUUCUCAGGAGGUAUCCCAUCCAGGCACAGACCAGACCCAGACCUGAUUUGCUUCUGCAAAGCGGAAACCGUGUGCCUUCAAACCAUACCCAUGCAAAUGGCAUUUUGCAUGGUGGCCCAUCAGAUGCCUCUGGGAAGCCAGCAAGCAGGAUAUGGAGGAAGCCCUCUAGGGUUUGGUUUGGUAUUGUUCCCAGCAAUGAGUAUUGAGAGGUUGACUUCUUCUGCACUUUCGGGGGGGGGGGGUGUCCGUUUUUAGCCAUUGUGGCCAAUAGCUAUUGAUUGAACUCUCCUUUUCUGUAAAUUUUCCUAGGACAGGGCUCAGAAACCUGUUGCUCUCUAGUUGUUCUUGGGCUCCAACUCUCACCCAUCCCCAAAUAGCAUGGCCAAUAGUGAGGAGUGAAGGGAGCCGUAGUCCAACAACAUCUGGAGGGCCCCAUGUUCCCCAUUCCUGGCUUUGGAGGUGUGAUACUGAGUGUCACAUCCUUGCCAUCCUUGUUUCCCCCCUGACCGUAUCCUCUGCUCUCCCUUACCAUGGCAGGAUGGACCGUAUGACAGAGGACGCACUGCGCCUGAAUCUCUUGAAGCGGAGCCUGGACCAAGCCGACGAGCGGGAUGACGUCCUGGCCAAGAGGCUGAAGAUGGAAGGGCAUGAGGCCAUGGAGCGCCUCAAGAUGCUGGCGCUGCUCAAGAGGAAGGACCUGGCGGGCAUCGAGGUGCCCCAUGAGCUGCCCGUCAAGCAGGACGGCCUAAAGGUCUAUGAGGAGAAGCUGAAUGGGAACAUGAGGCCCCACACGGACAGCCGGUCUUCGGGGAGGCCGGGGAAGGAAAACAUCAAUGAGGAGCCAGUGGACAUGAGCGCAAAGAGAAGGUAGGGAGCCCUUUUGUGUUUGUGUGUUUAUCUUCCUAUAUACAUAAAUAUGUAAGGCUGUCAUCAUGCAGCCCCAGUGGAGGAUUUGUAGUGCCUUAUCCUGGGUUUCCAUGAAGAAAAACCAAAGAGACCAAGAAAAUUGAGUUUUGUGGUUGCAUGGGGUAGGAAAGGGAAGCACUAGGGAGUUAAUGUGGGGGGAACGGCAGGGGGUCUUGGUUGGUGAGUGGAGCGAGCCAGUGCAUGAAUGAAUGAAUGAAUGAAUGAAUGAACGAAUAUCUAUUCCACCUUUCAUUCUACAGUCAUAGGGCUCUGUACUAAAGAUAAAAUAAAAACUUCAGUACACUGAGUGGGGUGUAGCGGUCAGACAGUGUCGGACUAGGACCUGGGAGAGACCAGGGUUCAGACCCUCCACUCAGCCAUGAAGCGCACUGGGGUGACAUUGGGCCAAUUGAUAUCUUUCAGCCGAACCUGCUUUGCAUGGUUCUUGUGAGGACAAAACGAGGAGGGAGAAACCCGCAUAUGCCACGUUGAGCUCCUUGUGGAGGGGAGAGAGCAAUACAAAUGUAAUAAUGAGCAAAUAAUGGAAAUGACAGCAGCGUUUAAAAAAAAGCAGCACCAUAAAAUGACAGUACAGUUGGGGGAUAAAUUCAUCAAAUCCAUCCAAACCAUACUACCCUCUCCCUCCAAAUGCUUGGCAAAAGAGGUAUCCCUUUGCGUGUCAUCUAAAAAGAACAAAGCAGCAAGACAUAACCUGGUGUGGAGGGAGUUUAAUAUUUGUCAUUAAGAAGGAUAGGAGCACCCUUGGCUCAAGGAUCUAUUUAUCUCCCCUUUUUGUUCUUGUCAAUACUGUGCAACUAUGUGGAAUGUCUUAAGACUGUGAACAUUACAUGUCUGAAACUUUGGCAAGCCACUGCCAGCCUGUGUAGACAGCACUGAGCUCAAUGGACGAAAGGUCUGACCUGCCUGAUGUGGCAGAUUCCCAUGUUCCUAACUAGAUGAGAUUUUUUAAUGAUGCAAAUCUAACUCAUCACUUUAGAAUAGCCACACUUACAAUAAUUGCGGUCUGCUUAUUUAAUUUAUUUGCUUUGGGUGCCCCUUCCUAGGCCUUUCCUUUUCCCAAAGGCAAUGAGGGGAGUUGUUGCCAAUCACAUUCUGUUCAGUUUUUUUCUUCUUCAGAGGAACACAGUAAUUGACAAAGCAGAUGUGUUAAUGGAUCUGGGUCAGGCUUAUUAAUUUCAGUGGGGCUACUCUGAGUAGAACUUAUUUGUAUAAGACCCAAGGGGCUUCCUCCAGAGCCAGUAUUUUGACACCCAUCCUUUGUCAAUUUCACUUGAUUCCAAUAUGCUAUGAAAUGUCUCUCAAGUUGUGGUUUUUAUAUAAUUCAUUUCACGUGGUGUUCUCUUACACAGACACGUGUGCGUGUGUGCGCAUGCACAUAUCUCCAGCCCUACCGUUAUUUAUUUAUUUAUUUAUUUAUUUAAUUUAUUUAGUAAAUGUCUAUACCACCCUUCAUCUGAAGAUGACAGGGCAGUUUGCAAUAUAAAAACACAAAAAUGCAUAGCAUAAUAACAAACGAAAACAGUUAAAAAGGACAUGGAACAGGCUGUCUCAGGCUGGGCAAUAGCAGUGAGGUCCUGGGAGGGGACAGAGUCAUGCCUCCUGUGUGGGCCACACACUGCACCCCUGACCUGACGCGGUGCCCUCAGAUGGAAGCUGCCCUUGGUCCAUCUAGCACAAUAUUGCCUCCACUGACUGGCAGUGGCUCUCUGGGGUUUCAAGCAGGGGGCAUUCCCGGCCCUACCUGGAGAGGCUGGGAAUUGAACGCACAACCUUCUGCACAAAAAGCUGGUGCUCUGUCACCAAGCUGCAGCUCUCCCCUUCACCCCCCAGCCAUAUCCUGGCUUAGUUCAGUCAUGCUGCCAGUAAUAGAGGAAGAGGCAUUCCAGUCGGUUUCUCCGUGUGAAAGGGGGACAUUGCCACCUUGUCUACUGCCUCAGGCGGCAAAAGGUCCUGGGCUGGUCUGGCAUCAGCACCCCUAUGCUAGUUCUUCUUUAGCAAAAUCUCAGCUGCUCUGGUAUUUUGCUGGAAGGGUUUGCUUGAGUUGAUUGCUUUGUUUUGAAUGCUGUUCUCAGUGGGCAUUGCAUAAAAGCAUGGGCCCUUGCUUGCUGGAUCAGGCCAGUGGCCCCUCUAGUCCAGUAUCCUGUUCUCACACUGGUCAACCAAACUGCGAACGGUUGUUCUCCCAGGAUGCUGCACCCAUAGUCUCUUCGCCCCCAGUGCAUGGGGACCUCAUUACAUCCUUCAAUCUGCCCGCCCGCCCCUGCCUUUAUCACUGGUCCAGGGGGAGGGAACAGGUGUCAACCAGCCCCAAGGUUUGACUGACAUGGGCUCCAUCUCAAGAUGUGAAAUCCUGACUCACUCGCGCAGCUCAGAGGCGCAGUGCCAGCCGUGGGAGGGAGCAAAGCGUCUCUAAGGCAGGAAGCGCCACGGGUGCCACUCUGUUUGGCGGGUGGCAAUGCUGAUGGCGGCAGCCCAGGCUGCCUGCCUGCCAUCUGCUCUUCCGCCCCUGCCCGCCGGUCAUCAUCAUCCUCUUGUUCCCUUUACACUCGAACAGAAGGAUCUUCUGGGGAGCUCGGGGUGCGGGGCUUGGUUAGCAGAAGGCUGUUUCCGACUGCUCAAAGAAGACCCCCUAAGAACAUCAGAAAAGCCCCGCAGCUUAGAGGAGGCAGAGCAUAGCCAUUAUGGAUGGUAGCCUCUUUCCUCCUUGAAUUUGUCGAAUCCUCUUUUGAAGCCAUCCACCCAUAACCCCUCUCAUCAGGCAAGAGGAGGAGGCAGGCGGAAUUGGAAGAGCUGGACAGAUCAGACCCAGGGGGACUGAUCCGCCGCAGAGGAUCUUGCUCAGUUGUGUUUCGGUGUUAAUCGGGGGUUAGUGGGGUAGUUUGUAUUUUCCACCCUAGGUAAAAUAAUGCCUGUAGCAACACUUCUGCAUACACAACCUUUCCCCAAGACCCCAAAGAAGUGGGGAGAGAAGCUCUGCAGUCUCUUUACACUAGGGGCGUGGAAAUCUGUGCACCUCCAGAGGGUGUUAGAUUCUGGCCGACGGCAGCUAGCAUGGGCAGUGGUUAGGGCUGAUGGAAGUUAAGAAGCAGGAGGACAGGUGUUGCAUUGAUAAAGAACGUAAGAAGAGCCCUGCUGGAUCAGGCCAGUGGCCCAUCUAGUCCAGUGCCCUGUUCUUGCAGUGGCCAGCCAGAUCCCCAUGGGAAACCCCCAGGCAGGACCCCGAGCACGAGAGCCCUCAGCCCGCCUACAUUUUCCAGGAACUGGGAUUCAGAAGCCCUGCGGCCUCUGACCGUGGAGGCAGAGCACAGCCAUUGUGGGUAGUAGCCAUUGAUAGCUUUCUCUUUCGUGAAUUUGUCCAAUCCUCUUUUAAAGCCGUCCUGGUUGGCAGCCACCACUGUCUUCUGUGAGGGCAAGUUCAUAGCUCAGCUGUGCACCAUGUGAAGAAGUUGUAGUGAAGGGUUGCUUUUUGAACUCAACGAUAUGGUGCCCUCCAGGUCUGCCUGGAGUCCCAUCAUCCACGGUGACCCCUUGGCUCAUGCUGACUGCUGGGGCUGAUGGGAAUUAGGAGUCCAGCGUGCUCCAGAGAGCCACAGUUCUCCCACCCCCUUGCAAAUCCGUUGCUUUCUGUGAAAGGCUGAGGGUUACAGAGCAGGUCGGGAUCUGUGUGAACCUAUGGGUUCUGAAAAUAGCCUUUUCAGGCACUCAGUCUCCCUUCAGAGUGGCAUUUUCCCUCGCUUCAGAUUGAUUAAAGUUUAGUGUGCUUGACGCUUUGUUCCACCCGCCCCCCUCCUGAAGUGUGACAUUAAGCCAUCUGUGCUGGGGGAGAGCUGUGCAACGUUGGCCACACCAGUCCCACUUUCCUGUAGAGAGAGGGAGGGAAAAAUCUUAAGAUCCCUGUCAAAGGAAGAAAUAAUUGCAAGGAGUUGGUCCUCCCCGCCCCCUCGGGAAAAAAGCUUCAACAAAAAAAUGAUGACUGAAAGGCUAAGGACCCGAUUACAGUUUUCAUAAACCACGAAGUGAUUUCAUGGCAUGAAGUGAGUAGGCAAAGCUUAUGAUACAGAUUGCGAUUGAAGCAGGCUAGAUCCUACUCAGAGUAAGACCGUUGAUGGAUUCUAGUUCAUUAUGGCCAUGAUUUUGAUGGGUCUAGUCUAGAGUAGGAUUUAGCUGGAUGCAAUCCGUUAUACCGAAACGUAAUCCAUCUCAUUGCUCAUGGAGCUUCAGUGUGCUUGAAGUUAAUGUGUCCGUCUUCUGACUGUACGGAGCUCUGUGUGUGCACUGGUGUCGUCCUCCAGUUUCAUACCUGAGGCACAGUGUAUGCUAAUGCCUUGAAGCCGAGGCCUGUUGCUCUUGUCAGGAUCCUAAGAAGUGCAGCUCUCAUCUGGAGGCUUACAAGAGCCCCUCGGGCUUCCAUCUCUCAUUGUGUCAGAGAAAAGUUUGAAAAGCAUGGAGGGCAUCAUUUGGGCCUCAUGGUGGCAGAGGUUUUGAAAAUGUAUGGCCCCUAUAUCAGUUGGUAGAAUAUUGCACUGGGUUCCUUAUAACAUGGAAUUCCACCUUUUCAGAAUUCCCUCUUUUGUGGGAGCAUGCGCCUAGUCCUCUUGGGAAUGCUGCAAAUGUGUAAAAACAGAAAAGUUGUGGCUUUCGAGGCUUAGUACAAGGGGAAUAUGUGGCCGUGUGCACAUUACCCUUUACUCCUCGUCCACUGCUCUCCCACUGCUGGUUUCUGAAGCCGAGCACACAUGACACAAGCCACAUGCCAUAUGUAUCCUGUACUCUCUUGAAAAAUCCUGCUGUUUGGUGUGCUUUCCCUCAAACCUGCUUCCAUCCGAUUUGAAAAGGUAACUCACCGUUAAGCUUGUGAGGUGUGUCCAUUUGAGACAGCCAUUGAGCAUGCUCAGAUGACAGCUUCACUUAAUAGGAGUUUUGGGAGGAGUUGCAGGCCUAGGGAAACAAAUCAGAUAAAGCUCUUCAAGUGAAGGCACCCCUGCCAGCUGCGUAUGACAGUGUUAAAAUGUGACUUGAAAUGUGCGGGGAGGGGGCAGGGAGAGAAUGAUCUCCCUGUGUUUCGGUAUGCUAAUGUGUACAUCACCUGUGUGUCUGAUGCUUGGUGCAUGGGGGGAUAUGCGUGUUCAUGAGCACGCUCUGCCCAGCCCUCCCUCUCUCCUUUAGCCCCAUUCCUAGUUGUUCUGCUCCUCCCUUUCAACUGUUCCUCUCUAGUAUUUGAGGCACACACACCCUCCCAGCCUUAAUUUUACAAAAGCCCUAGUCGUGUGCACAAAAUAAACUGUGCCAAUAGCAUAAAUUUACACACAAUGCCCAUUGGUCAGCCAAAGUCAAGGGCAGAGACAAUUUUCCUGUUACAAUGCUGAUUUUGGGAGGGGGGUUAAUUGCCAACAAAAAAAGCCCUGUGUGAUGUCAUAAAGCAUGGCAGCAGCGCUUGGUUACCGCUGGAUGACAUCGCCCCGUCUCCGAGUGACAGGAAGUGGCGGCCGCUGCUGGUUGCCCAGCGAUUCCACUUCCAGGUCACCGUUUGACCCAGACCCUGCUUACAAAUCUCUUCCUGAAAGGGAGAAUCUUUCCAAGGUUGCGAUGAGUAUGGAGUUCAGGUAUAUCCUCUUUCCUUGUGAAAACUCUGGGGCUUCUCUUAUAUGUCCCAUUUUCUUUAUUUUGCAGUCUCUCUAGUUUAAUAUUUCUUGCCACACGCCCUUUCUGGCUUUUCAUGGAGCAUUCCCCUUAGAAUCAGUCUUCCUCAUUGCUCCCUGCCCCCGUUUUGGUUGUGCAGCUCCUUCACAGGAACCAGAAAUAUUCAUGGUGCCUGGCUUGUUCAUCUCCUAGAAAAUCUAAUUCCCUGCUUGAACCAAAUUAAUUGGCCAACUACAUGUUAAUUGAGGAUUAGAGGUUGACCUCCUGUCAGUUAAUUGGUGGGGUUAACAAGCAAACACCCCUGAAUUCAGGACACACUGGCUUGUCUCCCUCUUGUUUUAAUAUAAAGCAGAAUCUUGUUUUAAUAUAAAGCAGAAUCUUGAAAAUGUGACUUUUUAUUCCUGUUUGAAUAAGAGUAGCAGCUAAUUUUCCCUCUUUCCUGGUGGAAGGAGCCUGGCUUGCAAACAAAUCCACAAGCGUCACUCUCCUACUCAGCUAGGCUAGCAAAAUGUGGAGUGACAGAAAGGAGCCAUUUUUGGUCACACACACGCACACACACCUCUGAUUGCCUGAAGGCGACACUAACUCGCCACAGGUGACUAGCUUAAAUGACAGUUUGCAAGGCUGGUUUUCUUUCAGUGCAAUGAAAUCAUGGGCAGCCAAAAAUCAAUGGAGCUCAGCUGGCAGUAGGUUGGCUGCCUGAUCCAGCCUUAGGGCUCUUCUCGUGUUAUUCAUGGCUAAGGAAGGGGUUUCAGUCUUUUCUCCUGAUUUGCUAGCUUUCUACAUGCAACGCAGGCUUCUGUGUUUUCUUAUUGAACGCUGUGGCACUCACAUGGGGCCUGCAGUCUGGAAGUGUACCAGCCCGAUAUGCCUCUGAAUCACAGGUGGGGAAGGUGGCCGUCGAACUAGGGUCCUUAUGGCAAGCUUCCCACCAUGGCAUCUGCUUGGUCACUGUGAGAGUGGGACACUGGCCGAGAUGGGCCCUUUUGGCCUGAUCCCAGCAGCAGGGGUCUUAUUAACAUUCUUAGAACCUGUUGUGAUUCUGCACGAUGUGCACAGGAAAGCUCUUGGCGUCAGAGAGUGUGUGGUGCCUCUGACGUAUCCACUGAGAGCAUCUCAAGGCUAGGAAGGAUCCCUGUCACGGGGCCACAUUCGCUGCACACACAGCCAGCGUACCCAUGUUGCUUUCUCGCUGUCAGAUGUUUUCAAAUUCAGCCUUCUUGAUCAGACCUUCAGUCCACCCACCGAUGCAAUCGAUUAUCCCAGUAAGGAUUGCAGCAGAGAAAUGUAAGGAAAUAGACAUGGAAGAGAAGGCUAUAGAGCCAACGAUCUGUCCUUGGUAGAGAUGAGCCCCAGUGUUUGCUGUCUCCAUGGCUUUCUGCAUCAGGGUUGGACAGCCUCGGGCAAAAGGUGACCCUCAGGACUCUUCCCCAGGCACACACCUCUCCCUGUGCAUUGCCCUUCUCUGGGCCUUGCUUCACUCUCUUUGAGUGUUUUUGCCCAGCUGGAAUGUCUCUUGAACUCAGAAAAAUUAAAACAGGGAUGGAGAACUUGUGAGGCCUUCCAGGCAUUGUCAGACUCCCAACUCCCAUCAGCCCCAGCUGAUGUUCAGCGUUAAUAACGUCUGAAGGGCCAAAGGGUCCCCUUCCUGCGUUACAUACUGUGGGUCACAGAGAGAGAGAGAGAGAGAGAUGUGCAGCUCAGCAUCUUUCUCAUAAUUCCCCAUCCUUUUCUUUUUUAAUUCAGCAGUGACCAGGACAGGGGACGGCUCACCCCCUCGCCAGACAUCAUUGUCCUUUCUGAUAAUGAGGCCUCCAGUCCCCGUUCCAGUUCCCGCAUGGAAGAGAGGCUCAAGGCUGCCAAUCUGGAAAUGUUCAAGGUAAGUGGCUCCUCAGGCCAAGGGACUGAGCACAUCCUUAAGCUGCGAAAGAGUGUGUGCAAGCUCUCAGGCCACACAGAAUGCUUCUUCAGGUGGCUGUUUGUUUCUCGUUUUGAAGCUACCACAGCCAAGUGUCUUCGCAGGCCACAUUCAUGCAACAGGUUUAAAGUGCUGUGACACCACUUUAAAAUGGCUCCCCCGGCGCAAGAAGUCUGGGAGCUGUAGUUUGUUGAGGGUCAGUUUGAGCUGAGAGUCAUUAGCAGGCCUCUUGUUCCCCAUAACAAGAGCUACAAUUCCCAGUUUCCUGAGAAGAGGGAUUAAUUGUUAAACUCCUCUGAGAAUUGUAGCUGCAUAAUUCCUGGCAGGACAGGGGAUGUGUCCAUUCUCCAAAUGGACUGCAAAUCCCAUCAUCCCUGACCAUUGGCCAUGCUGCCCAGGUCUGAUGGGAGCUGGAGUCCCAUCAUCCCUAGCUGUGGUGACCAUGGUGGCCACAGCCGAAGAGUGGUGCUUCCAGACCAAGCAGUCCUGCUUGAUGGGUGUGGGCUGGCAGCCGAACUGCAAGUGUCUCUUAACCUUCCUUUCUCCUCCUCCUCCUCCUCCACCACAGGGCAAAGGCAUUGAGGAGAGGCAGCAGCUCAUCAAGCAGCUGCGGGACGAGCUGCGGCUGGAGGAGGCCCGGCUGGUGCUGCUGAAGAAGCUACGGCAGAGCCAGCUGCAGAAGGAGAACGUGGUGCAAAAGGUAAGGCUUGGGUGGGGCCAUUCUGGCAAAACGCAGGAGGGCACCCAGGCUUCCCACCAGGGCACAACACUGCGCCUUGGAAAUGUCAGCUGCCACAUAGGAUCCGUCCGUCACCCUUUACUCGUUGGAGCAAGGAGACCGUGGGUGUGUGACGCUGAUUUCCCUCUCUGUAUACGGAGAUUCUCAGAAGCAUCACCCAGAAGUGGCCAGGGACCAUGGGGGACUGGUAGGGCAGAAGGCAGGGAGCCCAACAGCAGGUGGCACCAGAGAGCCGGUGGCAAGCAGAGCCAUCAGAUUGUAGUUUUGUUCCCCAUCCUCCUCCUCUCCCCCUUGCUGAGUUCUACAAAGGUAGAAUGGAGAUGGGGGGAGGGGACAGGACAACCAAGACUACCCCCUGGGCUUGUUGUGAGGCUGGGGGCUGGCUGAGAUUGGGGAGAGGGGCAGUGCCCCAUUUGCCCAAGCAGACUAGUCUCCACUGGCAUCGCCAGUCCCUGCAAUGCAUGCUCUCCCGCAGUUUCUGAGACCUGACUGACAGGGCAGACCAGGGCCCUAUUAACUGGGCUGCCCCUCCAUUGCAAAGUGGGUGCACCUCCCCAUUACUCCGGAAGUGUAAGUUUUAUCUUUGCGUAAAGUGAACAUUUCCUCCAACUUUGAGCCAACAAAACUCUGCUCCAGAGAUGGAGAGCUUUAGUGCAUCCCAAUCACUCGAGUCUCCCUAUUUUCUUUCUCUCCUCUAGACUCCGGUUGUCCAAAACGCAGCAUCUAUUGUCCAGCCAUCUCCUGCCCAUGUCGGACAGCAGGCUCUGUCCAAACUUCCCUCCCGGCCUGGAGCUCAAGGGGUUGAGCCCCAAAACCUCCGAACAUUACAGGUAAGAGGCGGCCUGUCCCCUUCUGUGUCCCAUCUCAUGAGCACCUCAUUUCUGGAGCCAUGGCUGUGUAGCUGUUGUGAUGGGAGACGAGAUACUCCUAAGCGUUAACAGUCAGAGCAGAGUUAAGGUGUUCACUUUUCUAUAUACUAAAGCGGUUUGCUUAGCUGCCUGGUGUCGCCAUAAUCAGCCGCACGUAAUUAGCUCGUCCCAAAGCUAUCAAUUCUGUAUAAUAACCAGCUUUGUUAAUUUGACUGUUGUCCAAGUGGGAAAAUCCACACAUCUUCUCCCCUUUCUGUGCAUUUUUGAAGACAAAAUGCUGUUGCCCCGAUCACACUUGUGUUGUGCAGCCAAAGAACUUUUUAUUCCAGUCAGUUUUGAUUUAAAAAGAGGACUGGGCAGAGUCACAGUUAGAGGUAGUAAUGCUUCUGAAUAGCCACUGCUGCAAGCCACAGGAGAGAAGAGCUGUCUUGUGCUCAAGUCCUGCUUACCAAUUUCUCUCCAGGGGAAAAGAAUGCUGUACUUGAUGGGCCAUUGGCCUGAUCCAGCAAGCUCUUCUUACGUCUGAGUAUCUUAGUGGCUUGAUACAGAACCACACAGGUCCCUUUGGUUCAUAUCUCUCUUGGUUGAGCUGCAGGACAUGGAACCUCGAGGCCAUGUGCUUAUUUCAGGCCCUGUUGAAUGUUUUCUGUGCCAUACCUAUACAGUACAUGCCUGGGAUGUGGACCUGGCUGUAAAUGGAGGCGGUGCCUCAUUUGUUCCUGCCUCUUUUCUCAUCUACCUUGCCAUAGAGCAGCAAAGCGGAUUUUUCUGUUUAGCGCAGGGGCAACAAACCUCCAUCCCAUGAGUCUGAUUGGGCCUAGACAUGCCCACCUGCCCUAGAGCAUCUGGUAUAAGGGAGGUGAAGGCCUUAUAACUUUACCUCCCUUUCCGGAUCGACUGCUCCCCUCGUAAAGCAGUUCCCAGGAAGCCUUUUUCCUGUGCUGUUCAAACCAGAUCGAAUCCUUUAUUAUGCAUUCGCAGACCCACUAAGAGCAUGCCGGAAAUAAAAGCAUGAGCAGUGAAACAUAUGCUUGCUUAAAAUACAAUAUAAUGCAAGGGAUAAAAGCAUACAUACAUCUAAAAUACUAUAGGCUACAAAUGAUGAAAAACGUAAGAUGCAAAUUGGAAUUAAAAUGAAAGUAUCAUCUUGCGAGAACUUUGAACCUGCUCAGUUUGAUUUCUAACCAUGCUGGGGGAGUCUGUUGAUUGACAGGUGGGUGGCUCCGCCCACCUGUCAAACUUGAUGCACUGGGGCAUAGGGGGAUAUAAAGGAUCUGGCCUGCCAGCCAGAUCCAAUUGCCCACCCCUACUUCAUAGGUCUGUCCAGCAGCUUCCAAGAAAUCCCCCCCCCUCCCUCCGGCAUCAUUGUCGCAGUUCCCAGAAGUCCAUCAGUGCUGUGCUGACCUUUAUUUUUCUGUGCAAACUCCACCAAGUUGGAAGAAGGGGCCUUUUCACUGGAAUGGAAACUGUGCCAAGUCGCUCAGGAGCAGCACAGGGGCGGCUUUCCUGGGAAGUUAUUUUUCUUCAAAAGUCAGUUUAUGAAGACCUACCUGUGCACCCAUGCCUCCGGCUGUCCCUGUAGAAAAUGCCGCAGUUCAAAGGACUGGAAAUCAGUAGCACAGUUUUCAUUUUUGGGAAAGGUUUUUAAUGGACUUUUGGCUCACGGCCCUGGCCUGGCAUGGCGAUAAGGGGGUUAGGGCACCUGUCCUAUGAGGAAAGGGGGAGCUGCUGUAUACCUGAAUCUCCCAAGUAAAGCUGAGAAAGAGCUACUGUCUGUCAGCGUCAACAACACUGAGCUGCCUGGAUUCAGGAUAAGGCAGCUUCCGAUUUAAAUCAGCCAGUUAUCCAGUGAGGGCUAGAAUAGUAGCUGUAGUUUGGAUGGAUGCACGUGCUUUGCAGACAAGAGGUCCCAAGUUCAGGCUGCCAGUGGGGUAUAGAUCAGCCUUCCCUAACCUGCUUUGAGCCCCAGGUCCCAGGUACGCCCUACUGGGAAUGACAUGGGGAUGUGCUUUGUAGAUGCAGCACCGCAGAAGAAGUUGCAAACCUCGCCUUUGUUCCAUGCUCUCCAUCUCUCUAAAACACACACUUUUCUCCUCUUUGGAGCAGGGUCACAGCGUCAUCCGGUCCGCCACCAACACGACCCUCCCCCACAUGCUUAUGUCGCAGCGCGUCAUCGCACCAAACCCCGCCCAGCUCCAAGGGCAACGUGUCCCUCCGAAACCGGGCCUCAUCCGCACCACCACUCCGAGCAUGAGCCCCGCCAUCAGCUACCAGCCAGUGAGUAAAGCAGCCCGGAAAGGGUGGGAGGGCCAGUGGGUCUGAUCUUCUUACACGGCCACCUUGCCCACACGGCAGUUUGAAACUGGGGGUAGGACUUUGUGGAGCCCAAGAAUAGCAUUUCCACAUGGGUAACCUCAGUGGCGGGAGGGGCCAGAGACAAAAGUGGAUCAAGCAAUGGGUGCAUAGAUCACCUUUGUACAGCAAGCUAGGUUUUAUUUAUUUAUUAAGGGAAACGGGUGGCCCUAUGGUCUAAACCACUGAGCCUCUUGGGCUUGCUGAUCAGAAGAUUGGAGGUUUGAAUCCCCGCAACGGGGUGAGCUCCCGUUGCUCUGUCCCAGCUCUUGCCAACCUAGCAGUUCGAAAGCACACCAGUACAAGUAGAUAAAUAGGUGCCACUGCAGUGGGAAGGUAAACAGUAUUUCCAUGCUCUCUAUUUUCCGUCACAGUGUUUUGUUGCGCCGGAAGCGGUUUAGUCAGGCUAGCCACAUGACCCGGAAAGCUGUCUGUGGACAAAUGCCGGCUCCCUUGGCCUGAAAGCAAAAUGAGUGCCACAACCCCAUAGUCUCCUUUGUCUGGACUUAACCGUCCAGGGGUCGUUUACCUAUUUAUUUAUUUUUAUUUUAGCUAUUUAUUUAUUAAGUUUGUGUGAUCAGUUGAAGGCCACAUUCCAGACAGGCAAAAACACUCAAGGGGGGUGUGAAGCAGGGCUGCUGGUGAGGGGGCGUGGCCUGUAGUGAAGGGGGCGUGGCCUGGAGAGAGUCCCAAAGGUCAGAGAGAAAAGCCUUGGUGGGCCGCACACCUUUAACAUUUUCUUUCUUGUCCCCUCUACUCUCCUGCUACUUUCCUCUGCAGCAGUCCAGCUCGGCCGUCCCCUGCCAGCGCACCACGUCGUCCGCCAUCUACAUGAACCUUGCCUCCCACAUCCAGCCGGGCACGGUGAACCGGGUGUCGUCGCCCCUGCCCAGCCCCAGCGCGCUCAACGACGCCGCCAACUCCCAGGCGGCCGCCAAGCUUGCCUUGCGCAAGCAACUGGAAAAGACCCUCCUGGAGAUCCCGCCCCCCAAGCCGCCCGCCCCUUUGCUCCACUUCCUGCCCAGCGCAGCCAACAGCGAGUUCAUCUACAUGGUGGGGCUGGAGGAGGUGGUGCAGAGCGUCAUUGACAGCCAAGGUAAAGGCCAGUGUCGGGGGCAAGGGCUGCAGCAUAGGCAGUGCAACUGGGUUGAAAGAGGGUGUCAGAGGGAAGCGAGCUGGAAAUCCCGUUUCCCAUGCCUCCUGACUCAGGGGACACGGGGAACUAGCCUAUUGCUGUCCGCCUGAUGGAGCUGUCCUGUCACAGAUAAAACUGUUUUAGUUAUUGGUACGCUUUCAAGAUUUUUUAAAUCCAAAAACAUUAUUAUUCUGCUCCAGGGUAGCCUGACAAUAGAGGCAAACUGGGCCACACUCACUCGCGUUUGCCCCCCUCCCCCCUUUUUCUUUGCAUAAAUGAGGCUGCAUUUUAAUUAUUGUUUUUAUUAUUGGUUGUUAGCCGCCCUGAGUCCGGCCUUGGUUGGGGAGGGCGGGGUAUAAAUAAAAUUUAUUAUUUAUUCUUAUUAUAAAUGAAUGUUUAGCUUGUGCUAAAAGUCGUUGAAAUUCUGAACCCUGGAGGUCUUCUGCGCACCCCCUUGGCCUGGAACGGUUCCUGAGAGAAAGGUCCCCCUUCCUUUGUGUCAUGCAUCUUCUUCUACCCCUCUUUCCCAGGCAAAGGUUGCGCUUCCCUCUUGCGAGUGGAGCCCUUUGUUUGCGCCCAGUGCCGCACAGACUUCACCCCGCACUGGAAGCAGGAGAAGAACGGCAAGAUCCUGUGUGAGCAGUGCAUGACCUCCAACCAGAAGAAAGCGCUUAAGGCUGAGCACACCAACCGGCUGAAGAAUGCCUUUGUCAAAGCUCUGCAGCAAGAGCAGGUGGGUCCCUGUUGCCCUGUCGGAGGGAGGGAGGGAGGGAGGGAGGGAGGGAAGCCCGGUCAAUCCAGGUGAACUGGAAGAGGUGCGUGCUUCCUGUCCCUCUGAAGAAGAGACAUAGCUCAGUGUCAGAGCUCUGCAACUAGAAGGUGCCAGGAUCAUUCCCCAAUGGCACCACCACGAUGGGCUGAGAGGAGGUUUCCUGAACAAAACCCUGGCGAGUUGCUUUCCCUCAGUUUAGGCAACACUGAGCUCAGUGAACUCAGUAUUAGGCAGCUUCCCAUGUUCCUCAUUGCUCAACGUACAUUUUGAAGGGCUGUAGCUCAGUGGUAGAGAGUCUGCUUUGCAUGUGGAAAGAUCUGGGUUCAAUCCUCAGCAUCCCCAGGUAGGGCUGGGCAAAGAUCUUUGUCUGAAACCAUGGAGAGCUAGUCUGUGUCAGCAGCACUAUGCUAGGUGGAUCCAAUCGUCCGUUGACUCUUUAUAAGGCAACUUUACAAGGUCCCUGUUGAAUUCUUCGCCUGUGUUUUCCCCUUGCACGUUUAUUUAGCACGAAUGAAGAGUUUUGGAAACCAACUUUGAAACAGUCAUCAUAGCUUCCCCUUCUUCUUGACCCUGACCCCUUGGGUCUCUGGGAAUUGUAGUUUGGGGAAGCAGCAGUCCACUGAAAUGAAUGCACUGGGUUAGAUCGGCAAGAUUCACUCCCAAGGAAAACCAGCAGUGGAAAGCUAAGUUUUUCAGGCCUUCUCAAAUGCUGGAACUGAGCAAGUGUUAGCUGGAAGAGAGCCCCACCAGCAGGAAGGCCCCGUCUCAUGCACUCACCAAACUAGCCAGUUUCAGUGGCUGGCACACGAGCCGGGCUGUGGAUAUUAGAUUGCAGGCAGGGUCAUCUGAAUGCAGGCUGUUUGCGGGGUGGGUGGGCAGCCUGUGUCCCGCCAGGUGACAGCCACACGGCCCAACUCAUGACCAGCCUCUUCUUUUUCCCUCUGGCAGGAGAUAGAGCAGCGGUUGCAGCAGCAGGCAGCGUUGUCCCCCACCGCCACUCCCGCCAGCGUGUCCAGCGUUAGCAAACAGGAAAGCAUCAUGCGACAUCACACACUCCGCCAGGUGAGAAGCCCUUCCUCGCCCAGCCCCUUCUGGCAAAGUGGCCCCUUUCGCAUCCCACAGCCGCCAGCUGUUCGGCUACCCCCUCCCCUCAAAACAGCCUUCUGAUCUUGUCUCCCGGGCAGCCCAUUCCCCUCCCCUCCAAAAGCAAAAGGCUGUUCUCGUGUGAUGGGGGGGGGGGAGCAUUCAAUCCGAACAUUCAGCAGCCGCAGAAGUUUUGUGGUGUGCUUCUGAAACUUUGCCGGCCGCUCACUGGCAGAUCCCCUCAAAACAACCUUCAGCAAAGGAAUGGAGGACGGCAGGCUGGUCCUGCUGUAACGCUACAGUGGUGCCCCGCAAGACGAAUGCCUCGCAAGACGGAAAACUCGCUAGACGAAAGAGUUUUCCGUUUUGGAGGUGCCUCGCAAAACGAAUCUGCUAUGGGCUUGCUUCGCAAGACGAAAAUGUCUUGCGAGUUCCUGGGGUUUUUUUUUCCUUUCCCCCCCCUUUUUCUAAGUCGCUAAGCCGCUUAUCUGCUUAUCCGAUAAGCUGAUAAGAUGCUAAAAGCCGCUAAUAGCGCUAAUAGCGCUAAUCCGCUAAUCCCGUCAAUGGGCUUGCUUCGCAAGACGAAGAAACCGCUAGACGAAGAGACUCCCAGAACGGAUUCUUUUCGUCUUGCGAGGCACCACUGUAGUUAAACGGACAGGACUAGGUAAAAUGAAGCGAAGGAAGGUUUGAGGGAUCGUGAGAUACGUGAUUUAUGAUACGUAUGAAGCAGCAGGGUUGUUUUAUACCCUCUCUCUGCUGCAAGAGUUCCACGUUUUGGAAUGAUGGAAUAUUGGAAAUACCUAUCUGAAAAUAGAUUAAGUUUAAUAAUACACUGCUAAAUAAUACAAUUCAAUGUAUCUAGAUUCAGAUAGGUAGCUGUGUUGGUCUGACACAGUCAAAAUAAAAAAUACUAAGGUGCUACUGGACAUUUUUUUAUUUUUUUAAAUUCAAUGUGUGUUUGUUUUUAUAAUGAUGAUGUAAUCAUCAUUAUUCCUACAUAUUUUUGUGAUUGUCAGUUGUUUGGAACUGUUUUUAAUCUUGUUUUAAUCUUUAAUUGUUGUUAACCCACCCUGUGGCCUUAGGUAGGGCGAAGGGCAGGUAAUUGAUAAUGCAUUGUGUGUGUGUGUGUGUGUGUGAGAGAGAGAGAGAGAGAGAGAGAGAGAGAGAGAGAACACUGGAGGGUGGUCCAUUAAGGUGAAUGGGGCGCUGUCCCACCAGCUUCAGCCAAACCCCACCUUCCUGCCUUCACAACCCCUCCAGGGGUUGUUCUGGCUCUGCCUCCCAUAGUCCCUGGCUCCAUUUACUUUUGGUUCCCUUCCUUCUUCCCCACCAGUUCCAGCAGACGCCAAUCACACCUCCUUUAUUGGAUGUAUUUGCUAAAUUGAGUAGCAAUAGUAAUAUUGAAAAACGAAAUGCAGCAGAGCUUUGAAAACCCUGUGUGUCUUAUGCAAACAUUUAUCUUAACCCUCCACACAAAAUUAUUAAACAGUCUUCUUAUUCCUGUCCACUCACAACACGUCUGGUUGCGUGCUGAGUAAUUAUUGUCGGCAGAAAAUGAGUCUCCAACUCCGCACUGUGAAUCGCUAAACACCGAGUGGAGUUUGGACCCGAUACUUUAUUUGUUUGUGCCCCACUCAUUUUCCUGAUGUUCUGUUUCCUCUGCUCCCCCCUUCUCUCUCCAGGCACCGCAACCCCAGAGCACCCUGCAGCGUGGCAUCCCCACCUCGGCCCGCUCCAUGCUGUCCAACUUUGCCCAGGCCCCGCAGCUUUCUGUGGCGGGAGGCCUUCUCGGCAUGCCAGGUAGAGUCUUCCAGAAUUUGGGGGGUGGGGGCAGAGAUGCGCAGAGGACCCUGCCUCAAUAUAUAUCCUGCCCUCUGCCAGCCGAUCCCAGCAGGGAUCAUUCAGCCCCUGGAAGAGAGUUGCCCAGAUGGGGGGGGGGAGUUUUUGGGUGGCCAGGGGGCAUCCAUCAUAGUGAGGGCCAGAUAGUGUUGGAAGGGAAAACCAGUGUAUUGCAAGACACACAGAGACAUAAAUCCCUGUGCCUCGGGGCAAGUGGGGAAUCAGUCUCUCUCUCUUACACACAGUGAAUAAUGCAAAUAAGGGGACGAUUUUGUUGAAAUAUCGCAUCCUUUUAUAGAAUACUUUGCCAAUACCCCUGAAGAAUGGCAGCUACUGCAAUCACAGAUUGGACUUUAGCAAACUUAACUAGAUGGAUCUAUCCUGGAGUGGGGAGUGGGAGUCGAGUUGGGGUUCUUGUAUCUUUUUGCUCUUUUCUAUAAUUGUUAUGUAUCGGAAAUUUUAAAAAUGUAUUCUUUUUUUAAAAAGACAAGACAUUCAAAAGGGGCACGUUUCAGCCAGGCAAAAGCACUUAAGAAGGGUGGAAAUCAGGGCUGGCGAUGAGAUUGGGAGGGGCUGCGUUUGGCCCCUGGCCCUGAGGUUCCCCACCCACACUUGAGACACGUUCCCAGGAGAGGAAUUGGCUGCCUGUGCCUCAUAGCAGAAACGUUCCUACCUCUUCCUCUUCCCAGGUGUCAACAUCGCCUACCUGAACGCCGGGAUCGGGGGCCACAAAGCGUCGAGCCUGGCGGACCGGCAGCGGGAGUACCUUUUAGAUAUGAUCCCGCCACGCUCUAUAUCGCAGUCCAUCAGCGGGCAGAAAUAACGCCAGCUGCGCCCCCCUCCCCACCCUUUCCCCACCCACCUGCCCCCCCUCAUCCGUCGCAUGCAGUGCCUGUACUGGUGCCUACCAUAUGUGGAGGAAAAGACAAAAAACGGAAAAAGACAAAAAAGAAGACGACAAAAAAAACCACAAAAAAUGAGGAAAAAAAGACAAGAACAUUAAAAAAAAAAAACACUUCAGUGACCUGCCCUCUUCCGGAACCAACUCUCCCUCCUGCUUCUCUUCUCAUCUCCAGAUUUUGUUUGCGGGGAGAGGCCAGGCGCCCCCGUCCCUCCUCCCUCCCUCCUUCGCUCCGUUCCCGAGGUCAGAACGCGUCUGCUUGGAUCCUGCACUAUACACUAUGUUAAUGCUUUGUUUUACGCUCCCUUUUAUUUUAUUUUUUAAUUUGUAAUGAUAACGCGUAGAAUUUUUAAACUUGUUGUGUUCUUAUUUUUAUUUCCCUUUGGCUUAAAACGGACGGCUGAGAGAGAGAGAGAGCGCACCUUUUCUUUUUUGUUUCUUUUUUUAAAAAAGGAAAUCUUUCUUGAGACUUUGAAAGGCUCCUCCUCCCGAAAGCUGAUCGGGGCUGACUCAGGGCUUUCGGCAGAGUUGUUCCAGGGGCACCCCAAGGUGGGGAGGUGUAGGCCACCCCCAUGGGUGUGGCCGACCAUCUAGAAGGCACAGCCCUGGAAGCCGACGGCGUCUCAGAGAGUCAUCCCUGGUUUGGGUGGGUUUCUUUGUUUCCAAAGGAGUGGGCUAGAGGGGCAUGAGCUGGCCGUUGGCAGAACAGGGCAUGCGUCUCUGAAACGUCCGUGCCAGGGAACAGACACCGCCUACACCCUUGGAGACGGGCCUCCGAAGACGAACUCUGCUGGGUGCUUUCAAACGCUCUUUGGCUCUCUUCACCCCUCUGACCUGUCGGCUUCCCCCAAGCCUGCCACCCUGUCCGGUCUCUGUUACACCGCCCCUUUCCCAGACCAAAGGAGCUCCAGGCAUCACGUCGGUUCCCCAGAAUGUUUCUCCGCGGAGCCAUCUCUUCGCUCGUCUCUCCUGUGCUGCUCGUUGACAGGCCAGGAACAUCUUGCAGCGUUGCGUCGGCGGAGGAUACCAGGACGUGUAACCAGCCUUCUCUGCCCACCCUUCAGUUGCCGGGGGAGCUUCAGCGAGAGAGAGAGCGCCAAAUGUUUCAAGGUCCGCCACUGCCACCCGAGCCCUCGAGAUCAGCCCCAGAGGCGUUUCCCUGACAUCGGACCCUCGCGAGCGGAGAGCGAAUUGCUCAGUCACACCCCAGGCGGCUGUAGGAGCUCUUUGAGCUGUACUCUACCCUGCUCUGCUUUGUUUAAAUUUUCUGCUUUUUCUGCUCUGCUCCUCCAGUCGUGUCUCCAGUCUGAAGCGAUGGGGAGGGAAAGGGAGCGUCCCUCUCUCCCUCUCGGGGUUCCCCCUCCCCGCCGGUCUUUUUUCACUCGCGUCCCCCUUUCGGAAGCACUGAAUCAAGGACCCCAAAGCCCCCUGAACUCGCGCACACAGGCAUCCCAGCCGGCACUCCCCACCAGGUCUGUGGUAUCCCCUCCCCACGCCUGUGCUUCCUCUCUCCCCCCCCCCAAUCACUGAGCACUUAACAAAGAAACAGAGGUGGGGGGAACCGCCCAUGCGUUAGGAGGGGCCGCCAGAUACUUUUCAUAAGCUAGCAGCAAGUUAGCAUUGCAGGUGUGUGUAGAGCAGGAUAGCUAACUCUGAGGUUCACCCGCUCUGAUGUUGCCAAGCCAAUUGUCCCAUCAUCCCUGGGUUAUGUUCCAAGCUCCCUGGGGCUGGUGGGAGUUGGUGUCUGGCCGCAUCUUUGAGGGCCACGAGGUUAACUAUCAAUAUAUACAUACAUAUAUAUACACACACACACACACGCAAGACACGCAGCCCAAUAGUUUCCGUUUCCCUGGAAAGCUUUUUCUUUUCGCUCCAGGAUCCUUCCGACUGUCACGAUGCCGGAAGGAAAGUUUCCUUUGGAAACAAAAAAAAAGUUUUGGCUGUGUCUUAAGAUAUCUCCUCCACGUGCUACGCCCUUCCUUGCCUCCUUGAGGACCCCGACCCCUCGCCCACCCUCCCCAAUUUGCUUAAAUUGGAUCUACGAUCUUCCCUCAUCCCAAAACAAGUGCCCUUGUCCUCCCCGCACCCCUUCCCCCUUUAGAAUCGGGCGUUGCCAGGUGUGAACCAGUUCCAGCCACCUAGUGUUAUUGGGGAGGGGUCGGAUAUUCUUUUGGUCUUGUGUUGUUGUUUUCUAUUAAAAAAAAUAAUACGGUGAUGUAAGAAAUGUGCAAUAAUUAUUGCCUCUGCCUUUCAGGGCCCAGGCAGAGGCUUUGGCGGCAAGCAUUGAAUGGUAGCAAACCAGCCACUACUUUGGAGUUUUUGGGGUGGGAGGACAAGGAUUAGCCACUCCCCCCCUCCCCACUGCCAUCACCACACUGGGGUGGCAUAUAUGGCUUUGGCAGUAGGGCAGAGGACUCCCCCCACCCCACCCCCUGGAAGAAUCCUGCCUAUUGAAUCAGUGCUUCUCUCAUCCUCUGGCUCCUGCCAGUCUUUUCCUACCCCAAAGGGAGACCCCCAACAAAGUUCUGCUCCGAUGAGGCUCCUUGAAAUGAAUGAAUGAACCUAAGUCAUCUCCCACCCACCAGGGCUGUUCUAAAAACUAGUAACGACCCAAAGAUUGCUGUUGUAGAUCAUCCAGCCAGAACUUGUUCUCUUCCACACUCUUUCUGUUGGGACCACCUUUUGCCCUGCUUGCAAAAUGUCCCUCUCCAAAGGAGCUUUGAGUCUGCUCAGCAGACCAGCCCGGGGACCACACUUGGAGUUUUUUCACCUUCCCCCAGAAGAGGGUCUUCCCAGUGGGAUUAGCAGCCAGCCUCCUUGCAGAAUAAAUUCGCUCCUGGCUCAAACUUUCCAGGUUGGCAAACAUUUUUCUUUUUUUGGAAGCAGGUGUUUUGGGAUGAGGGAAAGGCACUGAUCUAGGAAGGAUUUCUUCUUCACCUCUUUUUUCUCUCUCUCUCUCUUUAGCACAGAGAGGGGAAGAAUAGAGGGGGGGCAUUUCUAUAGGGGAGAGUGGGGAGACUGCCCUACCUUGUGCACUCAGGCAGGUAACUCCACUUUCGCUUCCCCCGGGAGCGCGCCUCUUUAGCAUAGAGCAGGAUCAUGGCCCUUUGGCACUUCUGCCCGGUGGCUGGACCUACUCAGCCAAUUUGGAGCAGGUUGGGGGGGGGCUUGGCUCCCCACCCCCUCAAUCCCCCUCUUUACAACAACGUCCCUUCCCAGGAUGCAAUAUUUGCCUGCGGUGGACACACAACCUCCCUCCUUUCCAACCGCCCCAUAAAUCCCUUACUUUAAAAUUGAUUCCCAUCUUCCUGCUUUCCUAAAGCCGACAAAUGUCUUUCUCUCACAUAUACACACACAAACCCAUUUCUCUCUUUGUUUUUCUGAGGGGGCGGGGGGUGUAUUGUAGAAAACCAUCCUUUUUCAUGGUACAGAAUUAAGGGUUUCCUUUUCCAUCUUAUGGGUUUUUUUCCCUCUCUUUUCCAGAUUAGUCAUACGUGCUUUGUGGUUGAUGCUGUUUUUAUUUUUCUCCCGCUUUUCUUCCAUCGGGGUGGGGGGUGGGGGGUGGGAGGAGAAGCGUAACUCGCCUCCCUCGGCCUCUGUUUCACUCCCCCCGCCCCACAACCUCGGUUUCCUCUCCUUCCCCCCAUUUUAUUCGCUCCCUUUCUCCUCCCCCACCCCCGACGAGCUCUUCUUAGCUUAACAAUACUUGCUGCCGAAACGUUAUAACUAAAGACUUUUCUUCGUUGUAUAUAAGCUAUUUCUUGACACAUUUAAAAAUAAAAAAAACGAAAACUGGAAAAAAAAAGAAGUUUGGGGGCGGGGGUACGGAAAAGCCGACAACAAAAAACAAACAAACCGGGGUGGGUAAAUUGUACAUUUGUGUAGAGAAAACAAAAACGACAAAAAGAGAAGACAGCUUAGCCAUGAAUAUUGUGAAAGUUGUUUAACGUCCUUUUUGUAGUGUGACCUUCUUUGUGUACGGCGUUUAAAAUGUGCAAAAGGCAGUUUCCUGGAGAUCGGGGGGGGGGGAGGGAGGAGGCUGGGGCGGGGCGCUAUGCAGCUCAUGUCACCCGCCCCACACUUUACCCACCCGCACCCCCCCCCCAAAAAAGCUGAAACGGACUUGGUGGUAGCCAUCAUUUCCCCCAAAAGGUGCCUUUUCUUCCCCUUGUGUCAGAAGCAAGGAGUCCCAUGAACUACCAGCAUGCACACGGACUUUGAGCCUUGGUAGAGGCCACAGGCCCAGGGGCUCCCUCCCCAUCCCCGUCCCCCCCCCCAACCCCAAGUUUUCACAAACGGGGGAAUCAAAACAAAUACUAGUAUUAAACUAUCAAUGUAUUUGCACUGUUUGUAACGAAUGCUUUAGGCUUGAGACAGCAUACACUUCUCUCGACUGUUCCUCAUCCGGCGUCCAGAAACUCAGCUCCCACCAACCCCAAUUUCCAGGGGGAGACAGUACUUCUCCCUGCAUCUCCCCUUUCAACCAUUUGCUGGUCCCUCUCAGCUUCAUCCCCUUUCAUUCUUUCCGCCUUUCAGUCCACUUUCUAUCAUCCCUGCUCCCCCCCAAAACCCCCUCUUAAAUAUCAGUGACAUUCUAGGGACUGUUUGAUAUUCUUUCCCCUGCGCCCCAAGAAAGUGCAUCCAGGAUUUGAGUUCCUGAAAAUCCUGGGGAUUUUUUAAUUAUGUGGAUCGUGCAUCUAUCCCUCAUGGUUCCAGCACACAAGCGAAGGUUUCCACUGCCCAGGCGGGCAGAGAUUGUGCUCUGCUUAGCUAAGCUGUUCAUAAGUGUGAGUGUGCGUGCAUGUACAUACAGGAAGGGAGAAUGUGACUCGUUCCACGUCAACCGGCCAUUGCCAAACAAGUUCAAAGCCCAUCAGUGCAGUGGGGAAUAUCGGGCUUAAUGUCUCUCGUACAAAACCUCCGUCAGCUUCAGCUUCCUGAGGUUCUUAACAUGGGGAUGGAAAGGUGUAAUAGAUUCUCUACGAAAAGCAAGCACUCCAAUACCUUUGAGAUCCGUUGAGUGUGAAGAGAGCCGCUUAAAUGUCUUGUCCCAUCUUAAUGGGAGCCAGAAGUCUUUGCAUGCCAGUACGUUCUGAGUAGAGUCUCUCCUUAACUCUCAACCCCACCAAUUUAAUUGAGGGCCAUCCUUACGAGCUGUCAGACCCUCUUAUGGAGGGCUCUUCAAGAAAUGGGCCUUGUCUCUUAUCUACUUUGGAGAACGACAGUUCCCGAAAUGGACCAAAGUGUGCUUCUUUCGCAUCUUGUGCAGCCCUUCCUAAUGCCUUUUGUUUAUUUGCCCUUAAGAUUCCAGGGCGUCUGAUUCCUAACACUCCAGGGAAAGUUUGGCUCCUUUUCCCAAUGCUAUUUCAUUUCCCUUUGGACCAAGUCGGGUGUUUGGGAGUAGCUUUCUGACUUCUUAUAAAGCCAAGCUUCUAGUCUUUUAUGACAUUACUAAACUCAAGAGGACUCCGGCAUUUAAAAGCUGUAAUUUUUGCAGCCUGCCAUUACGGGUGCGUUCUUUGUGACCUCCUGUCAUGCACCCCAACACCCCAAUAUCACCUCUCUUGGAAAUCUAUAUUCGAACCCCCAGGUGCGGAGGCUUCGAAGAAAAUCUGAGCAAAGCUGUUGUGAAACCAGCAUGUGUUCACCAUUGAUUUGAAGGAUCCUGUGUGUGUGUGUGUGUGUGUGUGUGUGUGUGUGUGUGUGCUGAGGGACAGAAUCACGUUUUUAAAUUUUGGUGUCACAUGAUGAGCCCCCAGAGCUGACUUAAUGAUCCAUCCCACAUUUGAUCUGUAGCAUGCUGGAUAACAUUGACUGUACUUGAUGGUAGCCGAAAAGCACUUUCUCACCUUCCCAUACUUCCUGGAGUGUAGCCCUCCUGGUGUGCAGGUUGCAUGCAGUGCAGUUCCUACCCUGAGUAGACCCAUUGAAAGCAAUGGCCGUGACCAAUUUAGGCCGCUUUUCAUUUCUGCGGGCCUACUCUUGAGUAUACCUUAGGUGCACACAACCCUGCAUCUUCACAUCUCUGGUCCCAGACCUCUCUCCCUCAACCAUUCAGCCAAUGUCGUGGUCCCAAUCCCCCCCUCUUGUGUCUCCUGGCCUGAAUUCAGGAACCCGCACCCCCAGUUGAGCCAAGUGUGCAGAGGCUUCUCCCGCGAAGAGGGUGGGAGAGUCAACAAGAUGAACAUCAGGUGGUCCCUUUGCCGCCUUAGGGGUGAUUGGCUGCGAGGGGAAGGAACGUGUGGGAAUCCUUCAUCCCUCCUGAUGUUGCUAAGCGACAGCUCCCACCCCAGCCAUUGACCGUGCUUGCUGGGGCUGAUGGGAGUUGUAGUUCAGCAGCAUCGGGAGGGCCAAAGGAUUCCCACUUGUGGGGUGUGGACUCCUGGUGCCUUCCCUCACCUGAGCACGUCUUCCUUGGCCAUCACUUUCUGUAGCCUCUCGACCUGCAGCCAUGCUCACCAUUCCUCGCACCAGGCUGUUGACCAUGAGUCAACCUUACUCUAGUUCUUGGGAACCAGCCACCACCUCUUAAUACGGUCAUAAUUUCCCCCCUACUCAACCUUCACCUUCUCUUUCCCCCCCACACUCCCAUUGUGGAUCCUGUAUCUCGUAGGGUUCCCCAACCCCCCAGCACGACAUGAUAUCUCCUGCAAGGAUCACAGCAAAUCCGGGGAGGUCAGUUGCAACCGUCCUACAGCCAUAUGUUACAGAGGCAGGGUUCAGCUCCACCCCCCUAUCUCUUCGGGUCAAGAGCAAUGGUAGUCCCCUUGCUGGGGUUGCCGGCUCUCAGAUCAAGGGCCUAACUUGCCAGAGAGGCCCUUCUUUCUCUCCUCCCCACACCCCAAAAACAUCCCAUUUUGCCACUUUCCCUCUUCAGCCUUCAAUUCCUCUAGCUCAGGUGGGAAGCUGUAGCCCUCCAGAUGUUGGGAGCCUGUGGCUUUCCAGAUGUUGCUGCAAUGCAGCUCCCACCAUCCCUGGCCGUUUGGCGCACGGGCUGAAGCUGAUGGGAGCUGGAAGUCUGGUAACAGCCAGGGGGCUACCAAUUCCCCGUCCCCACAGCACGGGGGGCUCAAGGCACCACGAGUCGUUCCGUUGCAGGAGCAGGGUGUGUGCGUGUGUUAAAAAGACAAAAAAAUCACGCAGCUUAGCACACACACACACCAAUUUGAAACCCGGGGCAGCGAGAGAUAGCUGAGCUCAGGAGGGAUCAGAGAGAAUUGCAGCUGCAAAUUAUCGGGGUGAAGGGGGGGGAACCUUGGUGGAAAUCGGGCCUUUUGCACAAUUUUAAGAGGGCUUUUAAUUUUAAUUUUCCGCAUUGUGUUUUUGAAAAUCCGGUUUAAAAGGAGAAGGAAGGAAGAAAAAAAAAGCUGUUUAAAUAUUGCCAAUUGAUUAUGCAGUGACCUGAUUAAAAAUAAUAAUAAUAAGCUAAUUUUUGGAGAAAGGAUUAAAAAAAAAACUUUGUAAUAUUUAUCACUUGCAAGCUAUGUUUAAUAAAGAAAGGAAUGGUUUAUAC